ACAGUUUUCCCAAGGCAGCGAGAAAUGGCUGGGAUUCCCCCUGGCUUUUACGCAGAGCCUUCUCCCUCCGGCCUCGGACGUGGCAGCACAACUGAGAGCCAACGGCUCGGCUGGCUUUCGUCGGGAGCAGCUCCGAUUGAACCCGGGGAGCUCGCUUCCAAGUCGAUACGGCUUGGAUCCCAUCCGGCUUCCUUUUCCCUGGACGGAGCGGGGCUGCGCCGGGAGGAGCGACCAGAGCGGGGCUGGCCGGACCAGGCCAGGCUGGAAGAGGGCGGUGGGCGAGACCCACUUCGCUUCUGGCUCCGGGCCUGGAGGAGCGACGCCCAGGCGGGUCUCUGCCCCGAGGCAGCUGCUGCCGCUGCAGCCACCGCCCCCGAACACGCCCCUCCCCUCGACGGGACGCUCUCGCUCCGCCCCAUCGGGUUGCCCGAGCAUUUCGGGGGCGGGGGGACCCGGAGGAAAGCUUCGCCCAGCGCCUCCGGGGCCGGCGAGCGCGGGGUUGGCUCUCCCUCCGCCGCCCGUCCGCCCCGUCGUGCCGGACUUUGGCCCCGCUCCUUGGCCCCGCCUCGUGGGGAGAGGCGCCAGGGGUCCUUCCCAAGUGGCCCCGGCCCGAGGCUGCUGCGCUCUCGUGCGCUCUCGUGCGCCCUGAGCGCCACCGGAGCUGCUCUUUGUUCCAACGCUGAUGCCGAGGCGAGGAAACUUUGUUUGUUUGUUUGUUUGUUUGCGCUCCUUGCCAGGCGGCCCGCCCCUCCCCCCCUCCUUCGAUCCCUGAGAAGAUCCGGAUUGCAGAGGACUUCCAGGAGCCGACGGGAGCCCCUGCCCCACCCUGGCGCUCCAAGUCCUGCUUUCUGCCCUCUCCAGCCGCUCUCACCAGGGACUAGAAGACUUGGCGUCUUCCUCCCCGGUGACUGAACCCCAGCGCGGCUCUGCUCUCCUCCCCCAGGGACCCGAGGCUCUGGACUGGGUUUGAACCGCAUGGACUGAGGAGCUGGAUUCCGCCCGAUCCCGCAGCGGCAGGUUGCUCUGCAAAGAUCAUGCAAAAAGAUCCCGACGCGCUCCUCCACGCCCUGUCCCGGCAGCCGCUCAGCGCGGAGCCUCUGGCUUGGCCUCGCCACCAGGGCGACGUCCAGGUGACGGUGCGGAGGCCCAGAUCCCGAGCUGGGGACUUCGCUGCUCCCAGGGCUGCGCUGAGGAAGACCUUGGUGGCUGUGGAUGUCGUGUGCCUGCUCGUGGGUGAGUGGGGCGCGGAGGGGCUGGGAUUUUACUGGCCAGGUAACCAGGAAAGUGGGAAUUUGCCAAUUAGCUUUCUCGAGAUGAAAUCCUGAAUCCAGGCAAAGGUUUCUCUUGAUCCCCCUAAUUAGUGAUUUGCAAUUGCUUAAUUUUUUUUGUUUGUGUUGGCGUCUUAUGGCGUUUCGCUCAUUUCACCUUCUGGUUAUUUGCACAUCUGGUAAUGCAGCAUGGAGCAGUAUUAAGAUCACCAGGCAGCCAGUGCUCAUUUCUUCAGCUUUUCACAGAAUCAUAGAGCUAGAAGGCACCCUGAGGGUCAUUUAGUUCAACCCCCUCCAAUGCAGGAAUCUUUUGCCCAACCUGGUGCUCGAACCUACAACCCUGAUAUGAAGUCUGACUGAUGCCAGUUCUGCAAGCUGGAAGGGUCUAUCUAAAUCGGAACAUGUGCAGCCCAACACUCUGCUCAAAUAUUCUUGUAAUUCAUGGAGCACUUUGCUUUGGUCCUUGGCAAUUACUGCAAGGGACAUUAAAGGUAAAGGGACCCCUGACCAUUAGGCCCAGUCGUGGCCGACUCUGGGGUUGUGGUGCUCAUCUCGCUUUACUGGCCGAGGGAGCCGGCGUACAGCUUCUGGAUCAUGUGGCCAGCAUGACUAAGCCGCUUCUGGUGAACCAGAGCAGCGCACGCAAACGCUGUUUACCUUCCCGCUGGAGCGGUACCUGUUUAUCUACUUGCACUUUGAUGUGCUUUUGAACUGCUAGGUUGGCAGGAGCUGGGACCGAGCAACGGGAGCUCACCCCGUUGUGGGGAUUCGAACCACCUUCUGAUUGGCAAGUCCUAGGCUCUGUGGUUUAACCCACAGCGCCACCCGCAAGGGACAUUAAGACUCCAUAUAUUCAGCCCAGCUAGUACAGGAAUACCUUAAUCUCUUUCCCACUGAGAGUCAAGUUUAAGACACUAACAGCAGCAUAGUUCUUUCUUUACUCUUUUGACCAGUGCUUUGAGUUGUUGGGCUAGAGGCUGCUGUUGAGAUCCCAGCUAAGAAGUAAUAAUAAUAAUAAUAAUAUAUUAUUAUACCCCACCCAUCUGGCUGUGUUUCUUCCAGCCACUCAGGGACCAUGCUGGAUACCUGGAAGCCAUGUGGAGGAUUUGAGGAAUUGUAGCAGUGGCAUUUCUUCUCUGGCUCUUUAAUUCCAGAUGCCACUGCAUGAUUCCUGGAGGGGAACUGCUAUGAUUAAAACACCCUGACUGGUACACACACACACACACACACACAUCUUUGCAUUGGAAGCUCUUCAGCUUUUAUUUCUGACUUUUGGCCCUGUUCUUCCCUGGUAGACUUUUAGCAACACAUUGCAAAGAUGUGCACAUGGAAGAACCCAAGGCACCCGGUUUGUGAUCAGAGGUGACCUUGCCUUGAGUCAAGGUGAGGAGGCUGCCUUCAGGGCAGAACUACACAUGAGAAGGAGCCCAUUCAGCUUUCCUGGUUAAUGAUAAUACAGAGGAGGGGCCAUCUUCAGAGGAGAUCUGGUAGGUGGAAGGGCAGGGCUUCCUGCUUCCUCACACCCACUGGUUUUCCCAAACCACCCCUCCCCUUCUUUCCCCAGUCAGGCAUAUUUCUGGUCACGGGUCAUGGGGGAGAACUGGUGAGUGGAGAAGGGUUAAUUACCCCUGAAAUCUGUGCUUUUGUAAGGAAUCUAGUUUCUCCCUUAGAUGUUGGAUUUUCAGAUGCCUGGCCCAUGGGGCACAGUUGCUCUAUUAAGCCCUGGUGUAAUCAGUAAUAAUAAUAAUAACAGUAAUAAUAAUAAUAAUAAAUAAUGUAUUACUUAUACCCUGCCUAUCUGGAUGGUCCUCCCCAGCUACUCAACAGAAUAUUUAAAACAUGAUAAAACAUCAAACAUUAGAUGUUUUCCUAAACAGGGCUGCCUUCUGAUGUCUUCUAAAAGUCAGAUAGUUUUUUAUUUCCUUGACAUCUGAUUGGAGAGUGUUCCACAGGGCAGGUGCCACUACCAAGAAGGCCCUUUGUCUGGUUCCCUGUAACCUCACUUCUCGCAGUGAGGGAACCACCAGAAGUCCCUCAGAGCUGGACCUCAGUGGGCUGAACGUUGGGGGUGGAGACAUUCUUUCAGGUAUACUGGGCCGAGGCCGUUUAGGGCUUUAAAGGUCAGCACCAACACUUUGAAUUGUGCUUGGAAACGUACUGGGAGCCAAUGUAGGUCUUUCAGGACCGGUGUUAUAUGGUCUCAGCCACUCCAAGUCACCAGUCUAGCUGCCACAUUCUGGAUUAAUUGUAGUUUCUGGGUCACCUUCAAAGGUAGCCCCAUGCAGAGAACAUUGCAGUAGUCCAAGCAGGAGAUAACUAGAGCGUGCACCACUCUGGCGAGACAGUCCGCGGGCAGGUAAUAAACCUAUGGUCAGAGUUUAAUGAAAUGUCAUGCUGGAGUCAUUGCCCUAGUGCAUCCAGCCAUCCUAUCUUACUUUUAGCUUGCUCUGCGUGGUUUAAUGCAAAUGUUGGUUUCCGAUUCAACUAAGUAUGGAGAAAGGCAAGAAGCUUUGGGGGUUCAAAACUCAACCCCUAGAAACCUAAUCCAGCAACUCUUAUGGCUUAUGCCAUUCCCCCAGGCACAGCCCAUUUGUUCCCUAAUCAUUGCGCCAAAACCUCAGGCCUAGAAACUUACUUGGUUGCAGUUUAAUUAAGACUGAUUUUCCCAGGGAACUCAAUUCUAUCCCCCAAUACCAGAUUUGGGGUUUAUACAACCCCUUAAUUACCUGCUGGAUGGUGUUGAUGAAUACAUAAGGGAGUUGAGGGGAAACUUGGGAAGGCACCUUGAUCAAGGGGCUGGGCUCAGAAGCGGGAAACGCAAGUUCAAAUCCCUGCUCAGCCAGAGAACUCUUGCUCCCGUCUCUUUAAAUCGUUUUCUGGCCAGGUUCCCAACUGGAAGUAGCUUGGAAGUAGAGGAGGGAGGAGGUGUCAGGAGGGAAGCAUUUGAGAAUUGAGACUGAUGGGAAGUGGAAGCCACUGAGGUAGGAAACCAUAGCUCUAGCGCAGGGGUCAGCAAACUUUUUCAGCAGGGGGCCGGUCCACUGUCCCUCAGACCUUGUGGGGAGCCGGACUAUAUUUUGAAGGGGGGAAAAGAAUGAAUUCCUAUGCCCCACAAAUUAUCCAGAGAUGCAUUUCAAAUAAAAGGACACAGUCUACUAAUGUAAAAACACACUAAUUCCCGGACAGUCUGCAGGCUGGAUUGAAAAGGCGAUUGGGCCAGAUCCGGCCCCCGGGCCUUAGGUUGCCUACCCAUGCUCUAGCCCAGGGGUCAGCAAACUUUUUCAGCAGGGGGCCAGUCCACUGUCCCUCAGACCUUGGGGGGGGGCAGACUAUAUUUUUGGGGGGAGGAAUGAGCAAAUUCCUAUGCCCCACAAAUAACCCAGAGAUGCAUUUUAAAUAAAAGCACACAUUAUGCUCAUGUAAAAACAUCAGACAGGCUCCACAUUUUAAAUAAAAGGACACAGUCUACUCAUGUAAAAACAUGCUGAUUCCCGGACUGUCUGUGGGCCGGAUUUAGAAGGCGAAUGGGCUGGAUCCGGCCCCCUGGCCGUAGGUUGCCUACCCCUGCUCUAGCCGCUAGCGGGACAGGGGACAGUGUGGCCCUAUUCAUUCCCCACCUCUGCUGCAGCAAGGGCAAGAGUCUUCCGCUGUAGAACAAACAAAACUGAGGCAGUGUGUCAUGCAAAAACCAACGUCUGUCUUCUUUCAUGCUUCCCUGGUUAUUCUGGCCCGGAUGUCACCAAUAUGCCACUCUGCGUGUGCCUGCAGAGGCCUUCCCCAUUGUCCAUAGGGUGCCUUGCCCUUUCCUCUGAUGAAAUUAGGCCUUUCAGGGGCUAAUGCAAUAGGUUGGGUGCGAGGUGUUUGGUGUGGUACCCAUAGCAGUUUCUGCAGUUUGCAAAUGGGCCCAUGGGCCCCAAAAGAGGGAAACGUGAGUCAACUGAAAUAUUUACUGGAUCUCUCUCUUUUUUAUACAGUCAUACCUCAUGUUACGUUUGCUUCAUGUUAUGUUUUUUCAGAUUGUGUCCCACAGUGACCCAGAAGUACUAGAAAGAGUUACUUCUGGGUUUCGCCGCUCACACAUGCGCAGAAGCGCUAAAUCAUGCUUCGCGCAUGCGCACAAGCACCAAAUCGUGCCGCGCACCUGCACAGAUACGGUGCUUCAGGUUGCGGGCUUUUCAUGUUGUUAACGGGCCUCCGGAACGGAUCCCAUUCGCAACCAGAGGUACCACUGUAUAACAAUUUAUUGAUUUAACAAAAAAUAACAAUACAAAAACAAAGCAAAACAAAACAAAUUGACUUCCCUCUAGUCCCUUCCUUGGUUCCAUAAUUUAUCAAUAUACUUCAUGUCCAUUGUUCAGUUUGAAACCUUAUUUAAAUUACUUAUUAUCCAUUCAUAACAAAAUUACAAGUAAUUUUAAAACCCUGCUAAUGUAUUAACUGUGCACAAUGCUUCUGUAUAUAUGCAAUAAACACCUUCCACUCUUCCUUAAAUUCAUUGUCAUCUCUUCGUCUCAGUUUCAUUGUCAAUUCUGCCAUUUCAGCAUAUUCCAUUAAUUUAACUUGCCAGUCUUCUUUAGCUGGGACUCUUUCUUCUUUCCAGGGUUGUGCUAAUAAUGUUCGUGCAGCCAUAGUUGCAUACAUAAAUAAAUUCUUUUGUGAUUUUGGUAGAUUCACUCCUAUAAUACCUAAUAGGAAAGCUUCUGCUUUUUUAAACAAAGUUUAUUUUAAACAUCUUCUUCAUUUCAUUAUAAAUCAUUUCCCAAUAUUUCUUUAUGAUUUUACAGUCCCACCACAUAUGGAAAAAUGUCCCUUUACUGGAUAUCUCAAAAGGACAUCAUAAGCGACUCCUGCUGGAGCAGACCAAAGUCCUCUCUAGCCCAGCACCCUGUUUUCCACAGUGGCCAACCAGAGGCCUAAGGGAAGACCACGAGCAAGGCAUAUACCAUAUUUUUCGCUCUGUAAGAUGCACUUUUCCCCUCCUAAAAAGUAAGGGGGGAUGUGUGUGCGUCUUAUGGAGCGAAUGCAGGCUGCACAGCUAUCCCUGAAGCCAGGAGAGCAAGAGGGAUCGGUGCGGAACGAUACCCCUUGCUCUCCUGGCUUCAGGGAUAGCCGCGCAAAGCCUCUUCGCUCAAGAGGCUUUGCGUUGCUUUCUUGUUUUCCUCCUCUAAAAACUAGGUGCGUCUUAUAGAGCGAAAAAUACGGUAAUGAAGAGCCCACCUGGGUACAACUUCUAGGGUAGUUGCAACUACAGUGGUACCUCGGGUUAAGAACUUAAUUCGUUCUGGAGGUCCGUUCUUAACCUGAAACUGUUCUUAACCUGGGGUACCACUUUAGCUAAUGGGGCCUCAUCCUGAAGCAAAGUUCUUAACCGAAGGUUCUUAACCCAACGCUCCCCCUGUCCUGAAGAGGCUUGGCGCGGCUAUCCCAGAAGCCGGAACAGCAAGAGGGAUCGCUGCUUUCACUGCGCAUCGAUCCCUCUUGAUGUUCUGACUUCGCUUUGCUGGAGAGGCGCUGCUUUCCCUCUCUGCGCAGCGCCCCUUCAGCGAAGCAGGAGGAGAAAUGGAAGGGGCUCCAUUUCUCCUGCGGCUUCGCUGAAGGGGCGCUGCACAGAGAGGGAGAACUGCGCAACGCCCCUUCCGUUUCUCUUCCCACUUUGCUGGAGAGGCGCUGCGCAGAGAGGGAGAGAAUAUUUUUUUCUUGUUCUCCUCCUCUAAAACUAGGUGCGUCUUAUGGUCGGGUGCUUCUUAUAGAGCAAAAAAUACGGUAAUACAUUUGAUGGUUUUUUGUUGUUUGUUUUUGUGUUUAAAAACACAUUAUUUUGAGGUAAAAACACCUGAAAAAACAGUUGGUCUGUUGCAUUGUAAGCUGUAGUUGUAGCAGAGGGAAAGGGAGAGAAGGGAAGAAAGGAGAGGAACUGUUUGUACCAUCGCUGCCAUGGUAAGGUUAUCUGUUUCCAUAAAGUUCAAGGAAGCCUGUGUCUCAGUGAGCUUCUGUCUAUAAAGGCAAGCAUUUAUAUAGUGCUUUAGGGUGUUCAAAUGGCUUAACGUCCACUAGAUUUUUUUAAAAAAAUCUUUUAACAAACUUGUAAGUUAGAUCAACUGUGUUAUACCCAAUUUGCAGAUACAGCAACUGAGGCUGAGAGAGUAGAUUGCCUAAGGGUAUCCUAUUAGUUCAUGGCGGAGGAAGUAAGAUCCUUAAUUGCUGGCUGUAGAUGUUUAAGGGCAGAGGGUUCACCUCAUUCUAGUGCCAUAACAAUAGUACAAGUGUUGUUAACCAGGAUUUGAAAUUAGCAGGCACAUUUUGCACCUAAAGAUUUUCCAUUUGCAUGUACCUCAAAAAGUCUGGGUGCCAUUUUUUGUGCCGGGCUGACACUCAAAGAUUACUGAAAUGUAUGUGCUUUGAAGCCUCCUUAAAGUACAUUAAGGAGUUUAACAAUAAAGGGUAGUGUUUUGAAAACUGAAGUAUGGUACCAAUAUUUUUAUUGUAAACACCAAAUUAAACAUGUAUUAACAAUUUAUGUUUAAAAAGUGAUACUAACAAUGUGUCACUUAUGUGAAGCAUGUAUUAGUUCAUGCUUAUCAAAAUAAUAAAUAAAAAGUGUUGCCUAUACCCCCCCCUCUCCAAAUGGCGACUAGAUAUUCUGUUUUGGCACCCACAACCCAGGUCCCAGGAGCCAUUUGGCUCCUAGCUUUUCUGGCCCAGUUUCUAACACUGUUGUUAAUGUUUAAAUGUGGCCAGAUCCCUGUGAAAGAAGCUGAGUAGAUUGGCUGUGCUCUGUUUGCAUAGAAACCAAUGGAUCCUUUCUCCCCCACUUAGCUAUUGCCAAGGCAAUAUGUACUCUGUGCUUACAAAAAAAAUAAAUAGUCAAAGUUCUGCACCAGAAAUGUUUGGAUUUUGUAACCUUGGAAUAUGCAAAUUAAGCAAAAUGUGCCUAUAGAUAUACAGUGGAACCUCGGUUUUUGAACGUAAUCCAUUCCGGAAGACCGUGUGACUUCAAAAAUGUUCGAAAACUGAAAGAGGAAGCCUCAAUUCGAUAGGUAAACUCAAAACAGAAGCUGCGUAGCACGUUCGGCUUCCAAAAAUCGUUCGAAAACCAAAGCAAUUAUUUCUGGGUUUUCAGUGUUCGGCUUCCAAAACGUUCGUCAAUGGAGCCAUUUGAGAACUGAGGUUCCACUGUAUAUUUUUUUCCUUGGUUUUAAUGUAUCCAUGUGGCUUUGGCUUUUUUGUUUUGUUUCUUUGGUUGCAAGUCACUUUGAGUUGCUUGGGGCAAGAAAACGCAACUGACAAAUUUAAGAAAUAAUACGUUGGCAAAUUUUGCAUGGUUUGUAAUCAUCUAGUAGGCAAAAGGGACACACAAGAGGCGUCCUCAGACCCCUGGAAAGCCCAAUGGAAACUCAUUUGGUGUCUGAAAUUCCUCUGAACUUUUAAAUGCCAGGUGGGGAGAAUAUGAAGAGGAGUUACUUAGGACUCCCAUUUUUUGCCCCAUCACCUAAUUCUCCGCUUAUGUGAAACAUGACGGAAUUUCACAGUGCCCAGCCCUUGGCACUGUGAGCCUCUAAAGGGCUAGAGCAAAACUUUGCCAGGAGCAAAACUAUCCUAUUAGAGGGAGGCAUUGUCCCUUCACACUGAUCCUUGGAUGCCAGUCCUGUGAGCUGCUGCCUCUAUGCAGCCAUGCCAUCAGGGCAGGACUUAGCAGAAUGAACUCGCUAUGUUUUGAACCAAGGGAAGUACCGUAUUUUUCGCUCUAUAAGACGCACCAGACUAUAAGACGCACCUAGUUUUUGGAGGAGGAAAACAAGAAAAAAAAUAUUCUGAAUCCCAGAAGCCAGAACAGCAAGAGGGAUCUGGCUUCUGGGAUAGCCUCUUGCUGUUCUAGCUUCUGGGAUAGUCACACGAAGCCUCUUCCGGGCAGGCUAAGCCAGGAUGAAGGCUUCCCCUGCCUGGAAGAGGCUGCGCAUGGCUAUCCCAUAAGCCAGGACAGCAAGCAGGAUCGCUGUGCAGCGAUCCCUCUUGCUGUCCUGGCUUAUGGGAUAGCCGCCGAAGCCUCUCCUGGGCAGUGGGAUGAAGGCUCCCCCAAGAGUCGUGCUCCCUUUAAAGAGCGUGCGGAGCGUGUGUGCGGCUCUUGGGGGCUUUUCCCUGAGAAGAGAGUAGGGCUGCCCUUCUCCCUCCUCAGGGAAAAGCCCCCAAGAGCCGCACACACACUCCACACGGCUCUUUAAAGGGAGCACUGAGCAGAGCCUCCUGCCUGCAUUUGCUCCAUAAGAUGCACACACAUUUCCCCUUAUUUUUUAGGAGGGGGAAAGUGCGUCUUAUAGAGUGAAAAAUAUGGUAAUACACAAGCCCUUCCCAUCUGAGGAAGGAGCCCUGCAAGGCAAUUUGAAGUAAGCUGUGAUCAUGCACAGUCCUGCUGAGAGGAGCUUCCAACCAAAACUGCAAACCCAGAUUUCAGCAGGGGUGUGAUGGCCUGGGACUCGGGCUCGGAACCAGAGGAGUCUCAGUCCGCACCGGAUCCUUUGCCUCAGGCAUCAUCUGAACCAAGUCUGGGGCCAGAUUCUGAAGAGCCCCAGUCUGCACAGGUUCCCCUGCAACAAGCACCCGCUAGGCCGAGUCAGGGGCCUGAGCCUGCCCUGGCUCCAGAUGCGGGGAUUCCCUCGUUGCCUCCAGCUGGGCCAUCACUUACAGCUGCUCCACUACCGGUUUGGUCAGAGGAGGCUGAGGCGGCCCCUGGGUCUAGUAACCCACCGACGUCUCCCGAGCUGCAGAGACUAAGGUCUGAGAGAAGGAGAGACCUGAGUACUCGCAGGAGGAGUGCUUGCCUUUGGGCGAAACAGGGAGGUCAGUCCCCGGGGGAUCAGGACUGGCUGUUACCCCGACAAAGAUAAAAGGCUGUCAGACCUCGCCGCAGGCUGUGGGAGCAAUAUUGCUGUAUGCCAGAUCCUGCCUGAGAUCCUGUACCUGUCCUUGCCUGGUUUCCUGCCUCAAGUCCUGCCUUGAUCCUGUCGGACUGACUCCUAGCGGAACCUUCGGAUUCUGGACUGGACCUGAAUCACGGUUCUCGGAUUACCCCCGGGCCCAGCACAAGUGGUCAGCUGCAGCCAAGAGUUCCCAGUGAGAUUUGUAGGGAUCCACUGGAGAUCUCUGAUUGGGAGCUACCAAGUGAAGCCACUUGGUAUUUGACACCAGUUUUAAAAGGUGCCACCUACAGCCCCUGUUGCCAAGGAACAAUCAAGAGCUCAUUUACACUUUCCCAGCCACAUCUUUUAUAUGCCUGUUGUCUUUGUCCAUGGAGUUUUUUUGGCAGGGAUACUGGAGUGGCUUGCCGGUUCCUGCUCCAGGUGGAUCACGUUUAGUCAAAACUCUCCACUAUGACUUGUCCGCCUUGGGUGCCCUGCACGGCAUAGCUCAAAGCUUCUCUGCAUUAUUCAAGCCCCUUCACCACGACAAGGCAGUGCUUUUUCUUGGGUUCCAUGAUCACUGCAGAUGGUGACAGCAGUCAUGAAAUUAAAAGACGCCUGCUUCUUGGGAGAAAAGCAAUGACAAAUCUAGACAGCAUCUUGAAAAGCAGAGACAUCACCUUGCCGACAAAGGUCCGUAUAGUUAAAGCUAUGGUUUUCCCAGUAGUGAUGUAUGGAAGUGAGAGCUGGACCAUAAAGAAGGCUGAUCGCCAAAUAAUUGAUGCUUUUGAAUUAUGGUGUUGGAGGAGAUUCUUGAGAGUCCCAUGGACUGCAAGAAGAUCAAACCUCUCCAUUCUGAAGGAAAUCAGCCCUGAGUGCUCAUUGGAAGGACAGAUCGUGAAGCUGAGGCUCCAAUACUUUGACCACCUCAUGAGAAGAGAAGACUCCCUGGAAAAAACCCUGAUGUUGGGAAAGAUUGAGGGCACAAGGAGAAGGGGACGACAGAGGACGAGAUGGUUGGACAGUGUUCUCGAAGCUACCAGCAUGAGUUUGACCAAACUGCGGGAGGCAGUGGAAGACAGGAGUGCCUGGCGUGCUCUGGUCCAUGGGGUCACGAAGAGUCAGACACGACUAAAUGACUAAAUAACAGCCAUAUCUUUUACCUGUCCCAUCAGAACUGUGUGAUAUUGGGUGACAGGCUGAUAGGGUGUGGUUUGGGGAAAACAGCCUUGCAGACCAAAUUAGGGUCCCUGACAGGCCUGAUCCAGGGGUCAGAUAUCAGUUUCCUGGAGGAUCACAUAGCCUACAGCCCCUGCUCAUAACCUCUGCAGCCCCUGCUCAUAUUGAUGAGACUUUUUCAGAACUUCUUAGCAGGUUGUACAAAUGGAAGCAGUGUUAGAAACUCAGGUAUUUAAGCUAGGCACCGAAUGACUCCUUACACCAAGGCUACAGUCUCCAAAAUGGAAAGUCUAGUUGUCUUUUGGGGCAAGACAUCUCUAAAGUCUUGUUUUUCAAAGGAUUGACUGACUGCGAUUGAUUAUCAGUUAAACAUCUGGCUAGUUCAGAUGACAACCUUGAGCUCGGUUAAGAGCUUUGAGAACUGAAAGAAGAAAACUCUAUCCAGGGACAGUCCACCUAUAUAUUGGGCUAUUCCUAUCUCUUUUUCUUAAUGGUGACACAGACCAUUCAUAACAUAGGAAUAUUCUUCACAACUGUGAGCAGGGCACUGGGGUGGGGUAAGUGAAGACAAGGGGCAACAAUUAACUAUAACAUUGUUCACUGCUCCUGCUCAGGCUGCACAGAAAAAGCAUGGAUCCUGAAAUUCAUUCUGAUUGCUCAGAUAAAAUAUACGUAACUGAUAAACUUCUACAGGAUGUAGUAUUAGUAUGUGAAAGCAGCCAAAAUCCAAUGACCUCCAGGUAUGCACCUCCAGAUGGUGGAGAUGUCAGGCACAACCCUGAUGACCAGGCAUCUUCACUGGGUCACAAGUGGUUAAUAGCCAGGUGAAAAAGCACCUAGCGCCUGACUAAUUUCUAACAUUGGGUGGAAGGCGUGACUUGUAGCUUGUCUGUAGCAGGAAGAAGGGCCGGCUCUCUGUCCUGAGGAAACUUGGGAGUUUAGGGAGUUUCCCAUCCUUACCUUUGCUGGUGAUGCAUUGCGGGGUGGACAGCCGUAGUAUGGACCCUGCAGGAUGGGAAUCCAUAUUGGAAUCCAUUGGUACCUUGGGUUAAGAACUUACCGUAUUUUUCGCUCUAUAGGACGUACCUGACUAUAGGACGCACCUUGUUUUAGAGGGGGAGAACAAGAAUAAAAAUUCUCCCCCUCUCUGCGCAGCGCCCCUUCAGCGAAGCGGCAGGAGAAACAGAGCCCCUUCCAUUUCUCCUCCCGCUUAGCUGAAGGGGCACUGCACCUUAGCUGAAGGGGCACCUACCCUUCAGCGAAAGGAACCCAAAGCCUGGAGAGCGAGAGGGGGUCGGUGUGCACCGACCCCUCUCGCUCUCCAGGCUUCAGUGAAGGCAACCCGAAGCCUCCGGAGAGUGGCGGGAGUGCUCCCACUGCACUUCGGAGGCUUCGCGUUGCUAUCGCUGAAGCCAAGGAGCCUGCAUUCGCUCCAUAAGACGCACACACAUUUCCCCUUAAUUUUUGGAGGGGAAAAUGUGCGUCUUAUAGAGCGAAAAAUACAGUAAUUCGUUCUAGAGGUCCGUUCUUAACCUGAAACUGUUCUUAACCUUAGAUACCACUUUAGCUAAUGGGGCCCACCACACUGCCGCCAUGCAAUUUCUGUUCUCAUCCUGAAGCAAAGUUCUUAACCCGAGGUACUAUUUCUGGGUUAGCGGAGUCUGUAACCUGAAACAUAUGUAACCUGUAGCGUCUGUAACCCGAGGUACCACUGUACAGCACUGGGACAUGUGCUCCUCAAACCUAGACAGAGAACCCGGGGAGCAGGUUUGCCUUAAGGUUGCAGAGGAAGGGCAAUCUGAAGGCAGAACUUGAUUGCAGGAAAAUGUUUCAGGGAUGGGUCCGAUUGAUUUGCAGUCUGGCAAGAACAAGGGCUUAGGGAAGCAGCUGGCUGGCAGGCAGGCAACCUGGUAGCAUUGGCAUUAGGGAGAUCGGGUGGCCAUGGAACUGGCUGGUGCAGAGGCAGCCAGGAAGAGGUGGAGUGAUAAAUCUCAGCCCAUGGGGGAAAUGUGGUCCUUCAGGGUUCUCCACCUGGUCCUCAGGAUUCUAUCUAGGCCACGCCCACUUGCCAGGCCACACCCCUCACCAACCCACCUCAAGUGUCAGGAAUGUGUCUUUUACUGAGGUGUUGCCCUGCUUACUUGCCUGGAUGGAGAGGGGAGGCUUAAAGGGUAAAGGUAAAGGGACUCCUGAUCAUUAGGUCUAGUCAUGACCGACUCUGGGGUUGCGGCGCUCAUCUUGCUUUAUUGGCCGAGGGAGCCAGCGUACAGCUUCUGGGUGAUGUGGCCAGCAUGACUAAGCCGCUUCUGGCCAACCAUAGCAGUGCACGGAAACGCCGUUUACCUUCCUGCCGGAGUGGUACCUAUUUAUCUACUUGCACUUUAUGCUUUUGAACUGCUAGGUUGGCAGGAGCAGGGACCGAACAACGGGAGCUCACCUUGUCACGGGGAUUCGAACCGCCGACCUUCUGAUCAGCUAGUCCUAGGCUCUGUGGUUUAACCCACAGCACCACUCGCGUCUCUUUUGAGGCUUACAAUAAUACAAAUCUUUAUUACGUUCAUAGACCAGCAUUUAAAAUCUAAAAAGCGCUUUAGAAAGCUAAAAAGUAUUAAAACACAAGGUGAAUAUAAAAGUCUAUAAGAAUUUAAAAGAAGCUAAAAGAAUCCAGAAGAAAGCUCAGGAACAUUGGGCAGGUGUGGAAGAGCGCAAAAGGCUGAUAUAUAAAGGCUUUAACUAUCAUUUACAGAGCACUCUGAUAUGUUCAUCAAAACUGAUUUGUGGCACAGGGCAUCCUACGAAUCUUGAGCGCUGCUGUGCGGAACUGAGCAACACUGUACGUUGCAGCAGGAUCAGUACCCAAGAACAGCAGGGGGGUGUAAAAUUGUCCCGUACUUAUGAAGUAAUGGGGAAAUAAGGCUAGUACGAAUUGGGGAGCAGGCCUUGACAUUUUGAGGGUUGAAAUGUGUGAUACUGUGGAAAAGUAAUUUAUUGAUUACAUGAAAUUUAUAUACUGUUCGAUUGUUUGAAAACAAACAAAACAAAUCCUCAAAGCAGUAUACAAAACAAGAAAAUCCAGGAAAAAAUUACAGCAAUACUUUUUUAAAAAAAUACAAAAAGUUAAAGUGGUAAAAGAGCUUAAAAUCCACACCAGCAUUUCUAAGCAUCUGGGCAGGCUUGCCUAAACAGGAAUGUUUUUAGCAUGUGCCGGAAAUGAAUACAGCGAAGGCGCCUGCGUGAUGUGAACCAGGCAGGGAGUUCCAGAGUAUGGAUCGCGCUUUCACAUUGCUGUUAAUCUUGUCCUCAUUUGCCCCCCUCCCCCAGUUGAGGAAGAGAGUACAGUGGUACCUUGGUUCCUGAACUCAAUCUGUUCUGGAAGUCCGUUCGGCUUCCAAAACGUUUGCAAACCAAGGGGCAGCUUCUGAUUGGCCCCGUAAACAACGCUGAACGCCAAAACGGACGUUUGGCUUCCAAAAAUCAUUUGCAAACCAGAACACUUUUGGGGUUGCGGUGUUUGGGAGCCUAUUUUUGGGAGCCAAGGUACCACUGUAGAGGGCUAGCCAAGCGAGGCUGGCACCCGGUACUUCCUCCUCGUUCUGAGAGUGGGCCACUGGGGAAUAAAGCCAUGGUGGAGCAGGAAUUUUGGUUGGUGGGAAGUAGACUGUUGGACAAACAAAGCUUCCAUCAAUUGUCUCUCCCCAGUGGGUCACAGAGCAAGAGGCUCCUGGUUUUUUAGCCCUGGUGGUCCAGCCCGCCUGCUUGGCAGUGUUCCCAACCCCUGUGGGCAUCCCCUCGCCUCCUUCCAGGCCCAGCCCUGUUUUUCUAUCCCCUCCCCCUUGCACUGAGGAAGCACCACAGGUUGCGUCUUGCUCGCCUGGGUGUUGCUGUGGGAGGGGGCCAGGCAGGCUGCCACUUGUUCCCAACAGAUCCGGAGCAACACCCAGCAGAAGAACGCCAGAGGAAUGUCACCAAGGGCACAGAGCAGGUCCCUUUGGCACGAAGCAGCUCCAUCCAGGAGACUGAGCCGUAACAGGCAGCUGCAUAGCAGGGACGGGAACUCUAGCGUGAAGGUUUGCAGUCACGCAGAGCAACAGUGAAAGAAGUCAAAGGAUAGCAGUUCCAGAUCCGCAGCACGCAGUGCCAACUGGGUGCUUUGUGCCUUGUGGUCGCAAGAAAGUCACCUCUCUCUCUAGAUAUAUCCUCCGGGGUGUUGCUGAGCCCUGGCACCCAGUCACUGGGCCUUUCCCUCUCUGGACCGCAACACCUGAGCCCUUUGCUCUGGGCAGAUGACCAAGCAAGGCAGUGUGAAUGUCUCAGUGCAGCCAAGAGCCCUGUAUAUUAAUAGCCCUCUCCAAGUGCCAGGGAAUCUCUGCAUGCAUUGAGAGGGCCGAGGCACCAUAUAAGGUGAGAUGGGUAGUGAUUAUUUCAAGCAAGAGGGCUAUUGUGGGAAGCUGGAAAGUUUAUUGUGAGAUGACGAGCAAGGCCUUUUUUAUUUUUAUAAGGGCGGGGGAGAUAUAUUUGUUAGAAUUAAUCAUAAUAAAUAAAUGGAAGACGAGUACAGCCUACAGUCGUACCUUGGAAGUUGAACGGAAGCCGUUCUGGAAGUCCAUUGUACUUCCAAAUCAUUCAGAAACCAAAGCGCGGCUUCCGAUUGGCUGCAGGAAACUCCUGCAGCCAAUCUGAAGCCGUGUCGGACUUUCGGGUUCCAAAGAACAUUUGCAAACCGCAACAGUUACUUCUGGGGUUGCGACGUUUGGGAGCCAAAACAUCGCAAGUACCAAGGCAUUCCAGAUCCAAGGUAUGAUUGUACAGGUUACAGAUGCUUCAGGUAGAUGCUUCAGGUUACAGACUCCGCUAACCCAGAAAUAGUACCUUGGGUUAAGAACUUUGCUUCAGGAUGAGAAUAAAAAUCGCGGCACGGCGGCAGUGGGAGGCCUCAUUAGCUAAAGUGGUACCUCAGGUUAAGAACAGUUUCAGGUUAAGAAUGGACCUCCGGAACGAAUUAAGUUCUUAACCCGAGGUACCCUUGAACUUGCGUUCUUGGGUCUUGCGCUGAGGUACGUUUUUUCAGAUUUCUCAUCUGUACAGUUCUAAGCUACAUCUGGAGAGCCACAGGUUCCCCCCCCCCCAUUCUAAAAGAAAGUGUGGUGAUCUUUAGUCUGUCCACAGAUCUCCCAGCUGCAAGCUGAUAAGCAAAUGGAUGUGGUUCUCUUGUCCCUCCAGGGCUGAUCUGCCCACCAGGCAAGGUGAGGCAGUUGCAUUAGGGCAGCAGGCUCUCAAUACCUGGAAGAGGUGGCAGAUUUGACUCGUGAGCUUAUUGGCCACCGCCUCCUCCUCAUGCCCACUGGUGCCAUUCUUCUGCUGCAUCUUCCACUGUGCCCACCCCCCUUGUGUGCCCACCGUUGCCGCUGGGUGGCAGUGGGCAGGUGCGCAAAGGUGGGUGCAGAGGUAUGGUAUGCAGCAGAGGAGAUGAGGGCAUUUUCUGUUUGGCCACUAGCAGCCAAAUGGCCAUUGCUGGCCCUGCCAUAAAUAUACCAUAUUUUUCGCUCCAUAAGACGCACCUGACCAUAAGACACACCUAGUUUUUAGAGGGAGAAUGCAAGAAUGCAUCCCAGGCUCUGCUCAGCGCUCCCUUUAAAAACUUUUUUUUUCUUGCAUUCUCCCUCUAAAAGCCAGUCAGUCCCUUCUCCCUCCUUGGGGAAAAGUCCCCAAGAGCCACGCGGAGCGUGUGUGCGGCUCUUGGGGGCUUUUCCCGCCUGCCUCCCGCCUUCAUUUGCUCCAUAAGAUGCGCACACAUUUCCCCUUGUUUUUAGGAGGGAAAAAGUGCGUCUUAUGGAGUGAAAAAUAUGGUAGUUCCAUCUGGGUUGAGAGCUCAUUCACUCCAUGGCUUUCUCUGAAGGGACGUGCUCUGGUAAGCAGACUACUCCAAGGAGGAAAGGCCCAUGUUUCUGUGGUGUCUCUGGCUGGAGCAGACACUGAUCCACCCCAGAUCUGUGGCUCAGGUCCUUGAGCUCUUUGUGUUGGUUGCUUUGCCCAACUAAAUUUAGCCCUCUUCCUUCUCCCCGCUGCAAACCUUCACGUCCAUCUCACUGCCCCUGAGAAGGGCAGAAUGGCUGGAGUCCAACGGAUUCCACUGGAAAACCAGAGCCUUCUCAAAGAGCUCUUUGCAUGUGCCGAGCUCAGCAGAUGCCAAAAGGCUUGGAUGUUUGACAGAGAACCCUGAUUGUUUUGGGCUAUGGGUGUCUUCGCCUUGGUGUCUCCUGCGGCACAGCUGUCUAUGCAACUUGACCCUUGCUGGACCACUCACACCCUACAGGGACCUUCUUGCUUUUUAAAAACCUUUCGUUUGUCUCCUCCUCUUCCAGGGAGGCUAAAGUAGAGAGAGCAACUUGCUCAAGGCCCAUCCACUCAACUUCUUGAUCACACAUAGGAAUUUGGCCAAGGUUUCCCACUCCCAUACUCUAGUGCAAAGGUUUUCAACCUUUCUGAGUCCACAGCUCCCUUGACCAACUCCAUUCUUUCGGUGGCACCCCUGUGGGGCUCAGGAGCCCAGUUAUGUCACCCCUUGCCUACAGAGCUAGCAGCCUCUCACCCUUUCUCAAACACCCUUCCUUGUGGAGGGUUCCCUCAGCCUCCACUCCUCUCCCCUCUCCUGGGAGUCCUCAGGGCAGCUGCUGCCACCCCCCACACCCCAAAGAGAGGUGCUUCCUCACACUGCCCCACAGGGGCCUGGGAAGCACCCCCUGGCCAGCCCCAGAGGCACCAUUCACCAUGCAUGUGAUGAAUGGUUCACUUCCCCGCUCCUCCAUGCAUGUGGAGGAGCAGGGAAGUGAACCUGGUUCACCAGAUUACGAGUCCACUGCUCUUAACCACUACACCACACUGGAGAGUUUAUAUCAACAAACAGCUGCUGCAACAAACAGCCAACCCAGCCUUUGGGAUGCAGAGACGCAAGAGGGCAUCAAAGGAGGGAGGGAUGGAAGAAAAGAGGGACAGAGGCCAGUGUUGCCCGCGGCAUCAUUCAAGGCACCCCAGUGUGUCAUGGCACGCUGGUUGAAAACCACUGCUCUAGUGACUCAGUUUCAUGACUGCUUCUUGUUGUGUUGUUCUUCCAUCUGUAGCAUCCAUGAAGUAGCUGAGAAGGGAGUUGGGUCUGCAUGCCUUGUAUGUUGGAAGGUGGGGGGUCCAAGCAAGUCCUUUCCACCUAUGCUGAUCCUCUCCCACCCAUCUGGCAGGUGGAGUCAGAGUCAGUUACUAGGGCAUGGCUGGGGAGCCUUUGGGCCUUCCAGGUGUAGCUGGACUACAACUGCCAGCAUCCUUGAGCAGGGGUCAGCAAACUUUUUCAGCAGGGGGCCGGUUCACUGUCCCUCAGACCUUGUGGGGGGCCGGAAAGGGGGGGGAAAGAACGAAUUCCUAUGCCCCACAAAUAACCCAGAGAUGCAUUUUAAAUAAAAGGACACAUUCUACUCGUGUAAAAACAUGCUGAUUCCUGGACCAUCCGCGGGCCGGAUUUAGAAGGCAAUUGGGCCGAAUCUGGCCCCUGGGCCUUAGUUUGCCUACCCAUGUCCUUGAGCUGGGCUGAGGCUGAUGGGAGUUCAGGUCCAACAAUAACUUGAAGGGCUACCAAGUCCCCCACGUAGGAAGCCAAAAAAAAGUAGCGUUACUUGGUGGCAGGAAUAAAGAAUGUGAAUUGUCCCCAAAGAACGGUUUGACCCAAAAUGUGUUGGGCUGCAACUUCCUUCCUUCCUUCCUUUUUACAAUAACCCACUGAAAUGCACAAGCAGAGGUUAUACUUCCAAUUCACAGUUCCAGCGACAGACAACUGAUGCCAGGGAGGGAGUGUGUUCCCGCAGGUGCGGCAGGUCCCUGCUCUGCCAGUCCAUUUGGUUUCCAUGCUAGUUGCAGAGGAGGCAAAACCUCUUCCCCCACAGCUAGCAUGAUAAUCAAGGAAGCUGAUGGAGGAGAAACAGAUUGCUCUUCCACCAUCUCCCCAUCUCCGUCUUGUUGAAAGGCAUUUCCCACUUCCGGCCUCUUGAUUCCAUGCCGACCAUGGAGGAGAAGGGGGCUUCUGCUGUUCCCUGCUGGCUGCUAACUUCUUAAAAGGCUUGUAAAUAUUUUUUGCAGGCUAGUUAUUUUGUGUGCUUAUUCACAAGACUGCAGAGGGAUAUGGAAAGUGCCGCAGAGAAGCAGACUUGGGCUCCCCUUGCAAAUGUUGCUUUAUGAAAACCAAGCAUUACACCAGGCAGAUCCAUGGAGGAGUCUGUUGCCAUGAAAGCAACAUGGAACCUCCACAGUAUAGGCAGUAUACCCCUGAAUCCCAGAUGAGGGAGGUAAAGGGACCCCUGACCAUUAGGUCCAGUCGUGACCGACUCUGGGGUUGCGGCGCUCAUCUCGCUUUAUUGGCCGAGAGAGCUGGCAUACAGCUUCCAGGUCAUGUGGCCAGCAUGACUAAGCCACUUUUGGCGAACGCCGUUUACCUUCCCGCCAGAGUGGUACCUAUUUAUCUACUUGCACUUUGACGUGCUUUUGAACUGCUAGGUUGGCAGGAGCAGGGACCGAGCAACGGGAGCUCACCCCGUCGCGGGGAUUCGAACCGCCGACCUUCUGAUUGGAAAGUCCUAGCAAAUGUUGCCUGUCAACUUCAGUGUAUGUGGAAACGUCAAGUAGGUGUUUGGCAUUGAGAAAGCUUUUGCCAUGUAUAUGAGCCAAUGGGGUAAUUUCUAACAGUUCUUCCUGGGUUCUUAAGUGUUGCACCAAUACUAGCCCUGCUUGUGGUAACUGGUGAUCCCUCAGGGUGCGGUGGGGAGUUCGUUAUGCCAAGGCCCUAGUGUUAAUUAGGACAAAUGACACACACUGUGUCCCAUGGUCCAAAGCUCUUGGGCAGAAAGAGCUGCGGCUGAAACACCUUGUUCCAUGUUUGCCCCAGGGCUUUCACAUUCCAAUGGUUUCACAUUCCAGCCCCAGUGUGUGGCAGACAUCGCUUGUUUCUUACCAGGGAAUUUGAUGGAAUGGGUGGAAGAACCUAUUUUUGUGGACCAUUUCACUCCUGUCAGUCAAAUCUGCUUCCUUCCCACAGCUGCCUCCCAAAAUCUUCCUAAUUGCAAACCACUGGGGCUAAAUCUGCUUUGUUGGAAGAGCACGAGACCCUUUAUCUCAAGGUUGUGGGUUCAAAGAGAUUCCUGCAUUGCAGAUGAUUGGGCUAGAAGCCGCUAGAUGAUCCUUGUGGUCUGCUCCAACUCUAUGAUUCCCUGGAGACCCCAGCAACUGAGAAUCAAGCAAGUCCCCGGUUUGCAUAGCUCCAUCCUGGGCUCUGCUCUUUUGCUCAUGCUACAGUAAGAUAAUGGUCUAAACCACAGAGCCUAGAGCUUGCCGCCUAGGUUAGCGGUUCAAAUCCCCAUGAGGGGGUGAGCUCCCGUUGCUCGGUCCCUGCUCCUGCCAACCUAGCAGUUCGAAAGCAUGCAGUGCAAGUAGAUAAAUAGGUACCACUUUGGCAGGAAGGUAAACGGUGUUUCCGUGCACUGCUCUGGUUUGCUAGAAGCGGCUUAGUCCUGCUGGCCACAUGACCCGGAAGCUGUGGACAAACGCCGGCUCCCUUGGCCAGUAAAGCAAGAUGAGUGCCAAAACCCCAGAGUCGUCCACGACUGGACCUAACGGUCAGGGGUCCCUUUACCUUUACAGUAGGAUAAUAAUAAUAUUAUUAUAAUUUAUUAUUUAUACCCCGCCCACCUGGGCGGCUCCCAACAUCAUAAUAAUAAUAAUAAUAAUAAUAAUAAUAAUAAUAAUAAUAAAUAAAUGCAAUAAAACAUCAAACAUUAAAAACUUCCCUAAACAGAGCUGCCUUCAGAUGUCUUCUAAAAGUCAGAUAGUUGUUUAUUUCCUUAACAUCUGAAGGGAGGGCGCCAAUACCAAGAAGGCCCUCAGAGCUGGACCUCAGUGUUUGAGCUGAAUGAUGGGAGUGGAGAUUCUCCUUCAGGUAUACUGGGCCGUGGCCAUUUAGGGCUUUAAAGGUCAGCACUAACACUUUGAAUUGUGCUUGGAAACAUACUGGGAGCCAAUGUAGAUCUUUCAAGACCGGUGUUAUGUGGUCUCGGCGGCCACUCCCAGUCACCAGUCUAGCUGCAGCAUUUCUGGAUCAGUUGUAGUUUCGGGUCACCUUCAAAGGUAGCCCCACAUAGAGCGCAUUGCAGAGUCCAAGCAGGAGAUAACCGCUCUGGCGAGACAGAUGGGAUGCUGGGGACUAGCAUUACGUAGGUAGGUAGGUAGAUCUGUAAUCUGCAAAACGCUGGGCUUUGCGGUCCCAGCUCAGCCCUCGGCCUCCAGCCUUGGCCACCACAGCUGUGGAUCUCAGAACCCUUCCCUCUCCCUGACUUGCUCUUUCUCUUGCCCGCUUCCUUGGCUGCAGCAUCCAUUCCGUUCUUCAUCUGCGAGGUUGGCCUCGUUUCCCCUAUGCGCCGCGGCUUCUUCUGCAACGACAGCAGCAUCAGGUACCCGCUGCAGCGGGCUGAGACCGUCAGCGACUCUGUGCUCAUCUCCGUGGGAAUCCUCAUUGCCUGUCUAGUGGUGAGUCUUUCAGGGGAAUGAGGGAGGGAACCGUGCCCUUUUGUCCUUUAACAUCCUGUGCCAUGCCUUGUUCCUGGCAGCAAAACACCACCCACCCGACCAUAGUAUUUUGCUGAUUUGUCUUCUUGCAUGCAUUUAUUGCAUGCCUUUCCACCCCAGGUUCCUCUGAAGAGCUCAGGGUAUACAAAACCCUCUCCCCUCUCCCCACCAGACCCCCUUCUAGAACAUCACAUCACCUGUAUCCUGAUGCCACACAAUAUUCCCUUACGGUUCCUUGCAGGAGCCCUUCUUCUGUUUUCCCCCAGCACAGAUGACUCUCCAACUCCAUUUCAUGCAGCAUGCUGUCAGGGGCCAUGCUGAGGAGGCUGCACUUGAGGAGGAAUGGAUCCUGAAUCUUCCCAGGAGCAGUGGGACAGUAUAGAUUUGGAACAGUGGUUGGCAGAGGGAUAGUACAGAAGGCAGAAGCUGGGAAGUACUGGAUGGGGAACAGCUAGGAGAAGAAGCACUGGGAGAGAGAGAGUUAACAGACUCACUUUUUCUGGAAAGCGUCCGUCCACUCAACCCAAGGUCAAGGAGAGCAGAUAAUGCGGCUGCUCAGAAAGCGCAGUGGUUGCGAGAUCAGGUUACAAGGCAUGGUAGUGACGUGGGUGACUAGGGAGGAAGUGGGUGUAACCCUUAAUUGGGAGCAUCUUCAUUCCUAGGAAAUGGAUUAUUGUUCUCUCGCUAUGAUCAUUAAAAAGAUGCGGGUGGUGCUGUGGGUUAAACCACAGAGCCUAGGACUUGCUGAUCAGAAGGUUGGCGGUUCGAAUCCCCACGAUGGGGUGAGCUUCCGUUGCUCGGUCCCUGCUCCUGCCAACCUAGCAGUUCAAAAGCACAUCAAAGUGCAAGUAGAUAAAUAGGUACCGCUCCAGCGGGAAGGUAAACGCCGUUUCCAUGCGCUGCUCUGGUUCGCCAGAAGCGACUUAGUCAUGCUGGCCACAUGACCCGGUAGCUGUGCGCCGGCUCCCUCGGCCAAUAAAGCGAGAUGAGUGCCACAACCCCAGAGUCGGCCACUACUGGACCUAAUGGUCAGGGGUCCCUUUACCUUUAUGAUCAUUAAAAUUUCUAACUGGUAAGAGACUCCUUUCACUGUGUUCUGCUUAUCUUCUGCCAAAGGGGGGGAGAGGAAGAUGAGUCCCUGAAACCUGACACAUGCAACCCUUUCUCCAGCGCUGUAGCCAAACUUAGUUCAAAGAGAAAAGUUUCCUCCCAGCAAUAUUCAUUUUUGAUUUGGCUAGUGUGGAAGCUGUUCUCUGGCAAGCCCAUGGAACCCAUUUGCUAGGUUCAGUAAAUUUUUUCUUUCCUUUGGUUCUGAUUGGCUAGCCCAGGGGCAGCUUCCUGAUGGCUGUGACAGUGUGAAUCUCCACUCGCCAUUAAGAAAUGUGCCCCGCUGCCAGCGCUGGAAUUGCUUGUAGCUGGGCUGCCUUCUCUGUUCAGAGCCAGUGUGGUGUAGUGGUUAAGAGCGGUAGACUCAUAAUCUGGUGAACCGGGUUCGCUUCCCCGCUCCUCCACAUGCAGCUGCUGGGUGACCUUGGGCUAAUCACACUUCUCUGAAGUCUCUCGGCCUCACUCACCUCACAGAGUGUUUGUUGUGGUGGAGGAAGGGAAAAGGAGAUUGUUAGCCGCUUUGAGACUCCUUCGGGUGGUGAUAAAGCGGGAUAUCAAAUCCAAACUCUUCUUUUUCUUUCUUUCUUUCCAACGCAGAUCACCCUGGGCGAAAGCUGCCGUGUGUACAGCCUGCCCCACAGCUCACGCUCCAUAGUCUCCAACCGUUACGUGGCUGCCCUCUACAAGGAGAUUGGGGCCUUCCUCUUUGGCUGCACUGUGGGCCAGUCACUAACCAACAUGGCCAAGGUUGCUGUGGGCCGCCUCCGUCCACACUUCCUGGCCGCCUGCAGGCCUGACUUUGCUCACAUCAACUGCUCUGCUGGAUACCUGGAGGACUACAUCUGCACUGGUGGCCCCUCAGAGGAGAAAGAAGCUAGGUGUGUAUGGUGACGUCUCCUCUCUCUCAAAGAGAGAUGUCCUUCUGAUGAUGAUCAUAGGGUCUGGGUCAGUUCAGCUGGGAAGAGGCAAUAAAUAAAAAGGUAAAAAACCCCUGGACAGUUAAGUCCAGUCAAAGGUGACUACGGUGUUGUGGUGCUCAUCUGGCUUUCAGGCCGAGGGAGCCGGCGUUUGUCCACAGACAGCUUUCUGGGUCAUGUGGCCAGCAGGACUAAACUGCUUCUGGCACAACGGGACACCGAGACGGAAACCAGAGUGCACGGAAAAACCGUUUACCUUCCCGCUGCAGCGGUACCAAUUUAUCUACUUGCACUGGCAUGCUUUCGAUCUGCUAGGUUGGCAGGAGCUGGCACAGAAUAACAGGAGCUCACCCCGUCACGGGGAUUCCAACUGCCGACCUUCUGAUUGACAAGCCCCAGAGGCUCAGUGGUUUAGACCACAGCGCCUCCUCAGCCAUUUAAGGCUUUUAGGUCAAAGCCAGCACUUUGAAUCAGAGGCAGAUUUAGGGGAGCGCAACCAGUUCACCCACACUGGGUGCCACAGGGCCCCCCACAACAAUGACGUACAACAGAAGGCAAAAUGUGGGGGUGCCAGAUUUUGGCGCCACAAAAAUUUGCAAGCCGAAAGCCUGCUAUUUCUUUGAAUUGGGCACAGAAACUAAUUUGCAGCCAGGGCAGUUGGGCCAUUAUUGGUGUAAUAUGCUCAAAUUGUCUUAUCCGGGCUGCUGAAUUCUGCACCAGCUGAAAUUUCUGAACCAACUUCAUGGGCAGCCCAAUGUAUAACACAUAGCAGUAAUCUAAGUAAGGGGUUACCAGAUUCUGAAAGGCAAAGGAGAUGGGAGGAGCAAGGUUGGGACUUUCAAGGAGAUGAGUAGAAGCUAGCAUAAGUCUAUAACAUACAUUCCAGGGACUGGGAUAUGCUCAUCAUGACCUCUCUGCUACAGCUGAGACAGCUAGUUCUACAGUGGUGCCUCGCAAGACGAAAAUAAUCCGUUCCGCGAGUCUCUUCGUCUAGCGGUUUUUUCGUCUUGCGAAGCAACCCUAUUAGCGGAUUAGCGCGUUUAGCGGCUAUUAAAGGCUUAGCAGCUUAGCGGCUAAAAGGCUGUUAGCGGCUUAGCGGCUUAGAAAAAGGGGGGGGAGCGAAAAAAAUCGCAAGACUCGCAAUACGUUUUCGUCUUGCGAAGCAAGCCCAUAGGGAAAUUCGUCUUGCGAAGCGCAUCGAAAAACGGAAAACCCUUUCGUCUAGCGGGUUUUUCGUCUUGCGAGGCAUUCGUCUUGCGGGGCACCACUGUAUUUAUUUAUUUCAAAUAUUUCUGUGCCAUCUUUCAGGGCAGGGCUCUCCAAAGGCAGCUCCUAUAGAAAAAACAAAAGUUAAAAUAUAUAUUCUGUUAAUAAACUUAAAGCAGCAGUCUGAAAUAUUAUAUAGCACAGUAGCUAUGUAAUAAAGCCAGCUGAAAAUAAAGCAAAAUCAGCAGUGGCUUCAACAAUUAUUAUUGUUUUUUUAAUGGCCCAGCAUCUUAGUUAAAAGCAGAUUAAAAUAAGUAGAUUUUCAAGGCCCACUGAAAAGCCAGUGAUGAUUGAGUCAAGUGUGUAUCCCAUGAGAAAGAGUUCCACAGAAAUGGGGCAACCACUGAAAAGGCCCUGUCUCUACUGCCUCCCAAUCUAAUUGAGUCAUAUGGUGGGCCCGUGAGCAGGGCCUCCGAACCUGAUCCAGGCAGGUUCAUACAGGUGCCAGCUGCCUUUUCAAACUACCUGGUCCCAAACAGUUGAGGAUUUUAAAUGUCAAUUCCAACCCAAGGGGAAGUUACUGGGGAACUCAAUGGAAUUUAGCACAAGUCAUUCUUUGCAGGUCUCAGUUAAGGGGAGGGAGGGAGUUGAAGUCAUGAGUUAUGGCUCACAGGGACACUUGGUGCCAGAAUAUUUGGCUACCAUCUCAAGAUCUGGGAAGGGGAAAGAUUCUGUUGCAUUAGACAGGAUAAUCCGGAGAAUGAGAAAUAGGAAACCUGGCAGCUACGUGCCGAAACUAUCAGCGUUGAGUGCCAGGUGUGGGAGACAAAUGUGAGAGAAGGGCUGUCACUUCUAUGCCCUAUUUGUUAUCUACUCGGAGAUAUCUGAGUCGGUGUUUGGAAACUGAGUUUGGAAGCUGAACAAGUUGGGCCUUGACUUUGACCCACCUGUGCUGCUCUCAAGCUCUCCUGGGACCAGAGCCAGCCUGGCAGUGCAUGUAAUCCAAGCAGUCAUGGGGGCAGCAAGAUUUUGGGGUGCAUUAGAAGUGCUGUAAAGUAGCAGGUGAACUCUGGCAGGUAUGCCCCAUGCAGUCAUUUUGAGCCAAAGGGGUAGGGAAAUCUCGGAUCACACAAUUUGCUCCCUGUCAUUUCCACUGGCACUGAUCCCCACUACUCUCAUCCUGUAGGCAGGUAUAUAGCCAACAUUUAUAGCCUUUUCUUCCAAGGAUUUGUCUAAUCCCCUUUUAAAGUUGUCCAGGUUUGGCAGCCAUCAUUGUCAUUUGUGGUAACAAAAUCAUAUACAGUUGUGCAGUCGUACCUCAGGUUGCGAACGUGCUCCGUGCGGGAGGCACGUUCGCAACCCGCAGAGUUCGCAGCCCUAAGCGCUGUAUCUGUGCGUGUGCGUGACACGAUUCGGCGCUUCUGCAUGUGACAUCAUUUUGUGUUUCUGCGCAUGCGCGAGCGCCGAAACCCGGAAGUAACCCGUUUGGGUACUUCCGGGUUCGGCACAGUCUGCAACCCGAAAACGCGCAACCCGCAGCGUUUGUAACCCAAGGUAUGACUGUACCUUGGUUUUGGAACAGAUUAGUUCCCAAACAUUUUGCCUCCCGAACGCCACAAGCCCAGAAGUGACUGUUCUGGUUUGCGAACUAUUUUUUGGAUGCCGAGUGUCUGAUGGGGCUUCCACAGCUUCUGGUUGGCUGCAGGAGCUUCCUACAGCCAAUCAGAAGCUGUGCUUUGGUUUCCAAACGUUUUGGAAGUUGAACAGACUUCCGGAACAGAUUCCAUUCAACUUCCAGUACAGCUGUACUUUUAACACUGUGGAAAGAAACAUUUCCAUUGAUUCCUGAAUCUCCCACUGUUCAACUUCAUUGGGUGACGUGGGUUCUAAUAUUCAGCGUGUUGUCAAUAAAAUAUAACUAGACAGUGGCUCCUUCCUAAUGUAGGUUUACUUCUAGGGACAGGUGGGCUCAGGCCAGCCCAUCCUGUAGUAUAUUUUACAUUUCUUCUGUGAACUGGCCUGCUUUGGAUAGAGCUGAGGCAACAGACGCACCCCAAUCUCCAAAAUGGCAAGGCCUGGUGUUUGCGUUUAUUCUCUUAGUUCUGGAGGGAUUCAAGUGAGAUGGAUGCAUCAAGGCUGAAGAGGCAACAGGUAUACCGUAUUUUUCGCUCUAUAAGACGCACCAGACCACAAGACGCACCUAGUUUUUGGAGGAGGAAAACAAGAAAAAAAUAUAUUCUGAAUCUCAGAAGCCAGAACAGCAAGAGGGAUCGCUGCGCAGUGAAAGCAGCAACCCCUCUUGCUGUUCUGCCUUCUGUGAUAGCUGUGCAGCCUGCAUUCGCUCCAUAAGACACACACACAUUUCCCCUUACUUUUUAGGAGGGAAAAAGUGAGUCUUAUAGAGCAAAAAAUACGGUAAUUGGGAUAGAGAGAGCUUAUCCAGUCCAGAGUAGACUUGAUGGGAGCAGGCCUGUGUGUUGAAGCCUGGGGUGCCUCGAAUGCUUAGAAGGUGAGAUGAGGGUUUUGAUUUUAAAAGCUAAAGGGACACAGGCAGUUGGGAGUGUAAAGCCCUCCCUCGCCUGCAAUUCACCUCCUUCCCAGCCCCUUUUCUCCCUGCCAAGGCUCCAAUAGGGAUUUUAUGUAGGUUUGUUAUCAGCUGGCUGAGCUCAUUCACCCUCAAAGGAACAGAGAGAUGUCGGGAAGAGAAGCUGGGUCAAAGUUCGGCAUCCCUUAAAAAAACAGUGUGCACAUUGUAACAUAGAAUCUUGUCGCUAGUCACCGUUGAUCUAAAACCCAAAGACCUAGGUGUCUAACUUUCACACCUUAACCAAAGACUAUUUAUUUUAAUUUUUUUGUUACAAGUAUAGUGGUACCUUGGUUCUCAAACUUAAUCUGUUCUGGAAGUCUGUUCCAAAACCAAGGUGCACUUUCCCAUAAAAAGUAAUGCAAAAUGAAUUAAUCUGUUGGGGCCGUUCCAGACUUUUAAAAACAACCCCUAAAACAGCAAUUUAACAUGAAUUUCACUAUCUAACGAGACCAUUGAUCCAUAAAAUGAAAGCAUUAAACAACGUACUGCAGUCACACAAUCAAUCAGUCAAUCAGGAGCUGAACUGGGUUCCACACAGUCACACACACACACAAAAAGAACCACAAAAACACAAAAUAAAUAGCAAAAACAGACAGACCUCAGCGUAACACUCUAAACGGAAGUGUGGCUCUCAAAACGAAGCACAUUUGGCAUCUGAAAAAAGUUCGCAAACCGAAACACUUACUUCUGGGUUUGCAGUGUUUGGGUUCCAAGUUGUUUGAGUACCAAGGUGUUUGAGAACCAAGGUACCACUGUAUAUCCCGCCUUUCUGCCAAGGAGCUCAAGGUGGUCUUCCUUGCAAGAAGGAGAGCACCUGGCCCAAACUCAUGCAGUGAGCAUCAUGGCUGAGUACAGAUUUGGGAGGGGGGAGGGGCUCUCCUGCCCUUGUCCAACACUUUAACCACUUCCAUGAACCUGGGUCACCACACAGUUAAUAUCCGGGAUAUCUUGGUCUUGUUGAAAUGAAUGGGUUAGAUUGCAUUUACCUCAGUGCGACUUACCCAAGCUGUUGCCCAACAGUGUGGUGUAGUGGUUAAGAGUGGUGGACUCGUAAUCUGGGGAACCGGGUUCGCGUCUCCGCUCCUCCACAUGCAGCUGCUGGGUGACCUUGGGCCAGUCACACUUCUCUGAAGUCUCUCAGCCCCACUCACCUCACAGAGUGUUUGUUGUGGGGGAGGAGGAAGGGAAAGGAGAUUGUUAGCCACUUUGAGACUCCUUCGGGUAGUGAUAAAGCGGGAUAUCAAAUCCAAACUCUUCUUCUUCUUCUUCUCAGUUGAACCCUACUGCUAGGAAGUAGGAAUCGAACAGAGGGAAGCUGCUUUGCAUAGGUGGUAUGAGAAGUGUCUGAAGGAACAGUGUUGUAAAUAGGUUACAGGAACUGCAUUGUGAGCAGAAAUCCUCUGCCUUAAUAAUCUAGCAGACUGCAUUCUCUGUUCUUUCUAACAAAGCAACCAUUUUCUCUUCCAGGAAGUCAUUCUACUCCGGCCAUGCCUCCUUUGCCAUGUAUACCAUGAUGUACCUGGUGGUAAGUCCCUAUGCGCAGUUUUAGGUGUGGAAGGUCUUCGGGUGGUUGUGUUGUGGGCCACCUUGUGAGCCACAGGGUAAAAGGGGGUCUGAUUCACCGUGCAAGCAGCUGUGUCGCUGUCCACAGGAAACACAGCUGUUCAGAGCAGCAGCUUCGUGCCAUCGGUCUGAGCUGCUCCCUUCAUAAUUCCAGGAAAUAUUGACAUGGGUAUGGUGAAAAUAGGCGAUGCAUAUGAGGAGCUGCUUCAUGUGGAUAGUUUGUCGUGCGGAGCAGCCUCCGCCAAGUUUGUUUCGGAUGCUCACAGGUGAGCGAAUGAGACCUGAGAGCUCUACCUAGCAACCCAUGCUGGGUACAGUGGUACCUUGGUUUGCAAACUUAAUCUGUUCUGGGAGUCUGUUCAACUCCCAAAACCGUUCAAAAACCAGGGCGCAGCUUCAGAUUGGCUGCAAGAGCUUCCUGCACUUGGGCGUUUGGCUUCUGAAAAACGUUCGCACACCAGAACACUUACUUCUGGGUUUGCGGUGUUCAGGAGCCGAUUUGUUCGACAACUAAGCCGUUCGAGAACCAAGGUACCACUGUACCAGAAAAUUCCACAGACUGGUGGGGAAAUAAUUUGGAAAUAGACUCGUGGAGAGGUCUUCGUUCUCCAAAGCAUCUUCUUGAAGGCCCUUUUCUGCAUUCCCUUAACUGUGAAUUUACAUGUUAUUUGUAUUUGUUUAUUAAAAUCGUUUAUAUACCGCCUUUAAGUAAGAAGCUACCAAUGUGGUCACAUCAGUAUAAAAAGAAAUAAAUUUAACUUUGCUCCUGGACUUUGGUUGCCUAGAAAUCUUGCAGGGGCUUUCCACUCCUUCCCAGAGGAGGAGCAGAAGGAGGGUGCACUUCAAGUAUACCCAAUGAUCCUUGGUUUAUGGGGCACCUCCCAACCCCAAACUUAAAUUGGUUUAAGAGUUAUUCCCUCCACCCAGACAACAUCAGGAAUUAUAGUUUGGAGGGGGAUCUCGAACACAAAACUUUGCAUCCUCACCAAGCUACAACUCCUAAGGUGCUGCAGGGAGACCAUUCCAGCAAAAACUGAUAUAAAACUCUGAUUAAGUUUGCAGGGUAAAUAUAGUUGGGAUGAGAAAAAUCCAUGGAAGGAAGAGUCUGACUCCAAGCCAGGAAAGGCUUCCAAGAAUCUCUGGAGCUUUUCCACUGAGGAAGGAAAAGGUGUCUGGCUGGGGCAGCUAAUUUCCACAGCUGACCAAACAAUCUAAAAUUGAAUGUUAAAGAAGUAGAAGCAUUAAGACAGAAAUGGGGAAAACAGUGGGCCUCCUAACGGAUUUGGGUUCCCACCAUCCCCUGCCAGCCUGACCAGUGCUUUAGGGAUGAUGGGAGUUGUUUUCCCACAACAGCUGGAGGGUCACAGGUCUCCCCCCCCCAAGUUGAACAGAAGUGUUGGUUUUAUCAGCCAUGUUUUCUUACAUUACAGCUGUGUUUUGUUCCUAAAUAUUUUGGGGGGGGGGUUCUGCUGCUACUGAAAUUAUAAUGAAACGGUCUUCAUAUUGAUUAGAUGAAAUGAGAGGGCUUGUAAGCAGAUAAAGAGGUUGGAAGUGAAAAUAGCAACAUUUUAUACUAACACGUUCCACCUGCUGACCAGCGACUGCCCCCCCCCCCAAUCAGGUACCUGGCUGGUCCUGGUGAGUCACUGCCCCUUUUGAGGGUAUUUUGGAGAUACCUCUUCAAUUACGUAUUAGUGGCUAAUGUUAGGUUUGUUCAGGUUUUAGACCUGUCCCUUGGGUUUCUAAAACCUGCUUUUACCUGCCCAAACCUUCAGAUCUUGCUCUGGGUGAGUCCAUCAAGGGAAGUGAGGUGGGUUUUUUGUAGUGGCGCCAUAGAGAAGGGAAAACCAAGAGACUUUCAAGGCGCCUUUUCUAUGGUCCUUUUAUCACCUUUUUAUCCACUUGUGAAAUAGUAUUUAUUUAUACCUACAUACCCUUCCCAUCUGGCUGGGUUUCCUCAGCCACUCUGGGGAGCCCCAGCCGCUAGCUGAAAAGGAUGCAGGGCAAAGCGCCACGUCUGCGCGUGCACGUGGAGCAGUUUGUACUUCUGCGCAUGCACGAAACACGAUUUAGCGCUUCUGCGCAUGCGCGAGCAGCAAACCAGGAAGUAACCCGUUCCGGAACUUCCAGGUUUGCUGCGGACGUUCACUGGAAUGGACGCUAGACGAGGUGGACGUUCACAGAGGUAUAACUGUAAUAAUUAAAAAGCAAUAAAACAUCAAAAAUUUAAAACUUCCCUAAACAGGGUUGCCUUCAGAUGCCUUUUAAAAGUCAGAUAGUUGUUUAUUUCCUGGACAUCUGAAGGGAGAGUGUUCCACAGGGCAGGCACCACUACUGAGAAGACCCUCUGCCUGGUUCCCUGUAACUUCUCGCAGGGAGGGAACUGCCAAAAGGCCCUCAGAGCUGGACCUCAGUGUCUGGGCUGAGUGAUGGGGGUGGAGACGCUCCUUCAGGUAUACUAGGCCAAGGCCGUUUAGGACUUUAAAGUUCAGCACCAACACUUUGAAUUGUGCUCAGAAAUGUACUGGGAGCCAUGGAAAGGGUAUGUGCAGUCUUUGGUUGUUCUUUGCAUAUAAAUAAACUAAUUGAUACCGAACUCGUUUCUAGUGCUUGAAUAAGUAAAUCCACGCACAUGUUAACACCAAAGCACUGUGCUAUGCCAUUUCAUGUGCCUGGUUCAUUCUGGGCUGUUGAAAACCUAAUUGUCCUAAAAUGAUGUUAGUCUGGUUUUCCUUAAUCAAAAAACCAAGCACCCUCUUUGCUUUUGAAUUGGUGCAGGGCUGUCUACCAGAGAGUAAAUUAGUGCAGCAAUGGAAGAGAGCCUCCAGGGAUGUCUAUGGUUUCGUUUGCACCUGGCAGGGGGAGAGCUCAUGCAGUGGUGUUUGAGAGUAGACCUUGUAUAAAUUAUCUUAUACAUACACAGCUGGAUCCCUCUUUUCUCCUGUGAAAUGUUGGAGGAUAUGUGCAUUUAUACUAGGCUCUGGGAAGAAAGUGGAAUGUGCAUGAUUCAGAUGGAAGUGGAUGGGCACCAGGAAUUUUGGCUCCAGGUGAAGUUAUUGGAGUCAGCAGACAUACCUUUCUCUACGGCAAUUUCCUGUUAUGAAAUGCGGAAGACGUAGAUUAAUAUCUCCUCCUUGAGGGCUUGGGCUUAAAGGCUUAGCAGAUGUGGAUUUGCAGGCUCCUGUGAGCUUUUCAGUUGCAAAGCAAAGAAGGGCACAGUGCAGCCUCAGUGACUUGUGAGAAACUGCCACUAGGGCUUCAGAAAGACCAUGCGAGACCAAAAUGGGACUCCAGAGUCUUUGGGGCUUUGGUUUGUGCCUCCUAUUCCCAGUUUGGCUAUUUUUAUUUUGUUUGUUUAUUAUUAUUAUUGUUGUUGUUGUGGCUUCUGAGAAUCUGUCAUGCUUUACUCUCCUAUAUUUAGAAGAGGGAUUUGCCUGGCAACCUAACAGGGACACUUCCCCUGUGGGAGAUUAGUCUGGAAACAGGGAGUGGCUGAGAGGAGGAAGCGAGAUGGAGAUGGAGACACAGGACCUGUCUGGCUGUCUGGUUUCCCUGAAACAGGUGUGGGCAGCCUGCGGCUCCUGGGCCACGCGUGGUCUUUAGCCUAAUUUAAUCCAGCCCGCGGCCUGUUUUCAUGUAGGUGUUGUUAGAGGGAAGGGGAGCGAGGAAGAAGUGGUCCUGAACAACUUUGAUUCUGACCAUUCUCCUCACCAGCAUGCAGCUAGAACAAGAUUACCUCCAAGGGAAUGGGGUCCUCAACAGAAAAAACAAAAUUGCUUCCCUAUGACAGGGUGCAAAAACUUACCGUACUUUUCGGUGUAUAAAAGAUAAAGGGACCUCUGACCAUUAGGUCCAGUCGCGGGCAACUCUGGGGUUGCGGCACUCAUCUUGCUUUAUUGGCCAAGGGAGCAGGCGUACAGCUUCUGGGUCAUGUGGCCAGCAUUACUAAGCCGUUUCUGGCGAACCAGAGCAGCGCACAGAAACGCCGUUUACCUUCCUGCCGGAGUGGUACCUAUUUAUCUACUUGCACGUUGACGUGCUUUCGAACUGCUAGGUUGGCAGGAGCAGGGACUGAGCAACAGGAGCUCACCCCGUCGCGGGGAUUCGAACUGCUGACCUUCUGAUCAGCAAGUCCUAGGCUCUGUGGUUUAACCCACAGUGCCACCCGCGUCCCCUUUCGGUGUAUAAGACUAGAUUUUUUCCCUUAAAAAUCAUGCUAAAAAGUAGGAGUUGUCUUAUACAUAGGUAGUGCAUAGGGUGGACGUUAGAUUGGUUGCUGCCGCGUCUGUGAGUGGCUAUUAUAUGUGUUAUUGGUUGCUGCAUCAAUGGGUGGUGUUGAUUGGCCGAUGCUGCAGUAAUUGGGUGGGCGAUUGGCAGCUUCUGCCAGUGCGUGGACAGAUGGGAGGCAGAUUUAGCAAUGCGUGCAGGUGAGCAAUUUUCAGCAUUCCUCCCUUAAAAAAGCUCAACAACUUUUUGCCAUCUCCCAUUUUCUGAAAUUUCAGUGCCAAAAAAUAGGGGCGUCUUAUAGAUGGAAAAGUACGGUAUUCUAUUUCUAUACAGUGGUACCUGUAUACAUACGCUUCAGGUUACAUACACUUCUAGUUACACACCCUUCUAACCCAGAAAUAGUGCUUCAGGGCAAUUUGCUUCAGGAUAAGAACAGAAAUCGGGCUCUGGCGGCGCAGCGGGAGGCCCCAUUAGCUAAAGCGGUGCUUCAGGUUAAGAACAGUUUCAGGUUAAGAACGGACCUGCGGAACGAAUUAAGUACUUAACCCGAGGUACCAUUGUACUGCCCUUCAUCUGACAAUCACAGGGUGGUUUACAAUAUAAAAACCCCAAAAUAUAUAUAAUAACAAAAGAAAAACCAAUCUUCUUGGACUAUAACUCACACCAGCCCCAGCCUUAAUAGCUAGUUAUCAGAGAUUAUGGGAACUGUAGUUCAGCAAAAUCUGGAGAGCUAUAGGUAUCCUCCCUUGUCCAAUGAAAUAUCUUCAGCCACCCACAUUUGUGGAAACCGAGGUUCAGUGGGCGGCUGGCAAAAUCCAUUUAAAAAAUGGAAAAACACGCAGUGGAAGCCAUUUGACUUCCAAGGUGCGUUCAAAAACAGAAGCAAUUACUUCCAGGUUUUCAGUGUUCAUAUUCUGAAUCGUUCAGCUUCCGAGACACUCGAAAAUCGAGGUUCCACUGUAUACCGGAAUAUAUGCACAUCUAUACAUGUGCGCACACAAAGUCGAGUAGGAGAUCAGUUGUGCAAGGUGAGAGUCAAAGGAACACACCAAGAAAACAGAUUCACCAUACAGUGGUGCCUUGCAAGACGAAAUUAAUUUGUUCUGCGAGUUUUGUCGUCUUGCGAUUUUUUUCGUCUUGCGAAGCACGGUGUCGGGAAAGUUUUGGAAAAGCUUCAAAAAUCACCAAAGUCUUUAAAAACCUCCAAAAAGGCUACCACACCGCGUUCUAUGAGUUGCUCCUCGAAGUCAAGUCGCAACUGUAUUAACGGUGUUAAGUAAAUGGAAACAAACUUGCAAGACGUUUCCGUCUUGCGAAGCAAGCCCAUAGGGAAAAUCGUCUUGCGAAGCAGCUCAAAAAACGAAAAACCCUUUCGUCUAGCUAGUUUUUUGUCUUGCGAGGCAUUCGUCUUGCGAGGUACCACUGUACAUCUGAAACAAUGAAGCAGGCAGUUGUCUCUCUUGUCCUUCCCUCUGACAGCUCAGGACAGCAUAUGCGUGGGCUGUCUCCUUUUAUCUGUGCUGCGGCCCUGGGAGCUAGGUUUGGCAGAGAGGUACUGACCAGCCCAAGGUCAUCCAAUGAGAUUCAUGGCUGAGUGGGGAUCUGAACAGGGGCCUCCCCAGUCCAAAUCUUCACUCUCCCUACGUUGCAGCGCUCACUCCCUGCCUUUUGCUCUCUUUACCUAGGGAAGCUUAAGCCACCAUAAGCUUGUUAUCCUUUGAGGGGCCACCAAAUUCUUUGCUGGCUUUGCUGCAGCAGACUUAGUGGGGCUGCUGCUCUGUAAUUUACUCGUACAUUGUAGGUUGAAUAUCUCCACCUUCCCUUACUAAACCCCCUAAUGUCCCAUUCCCCUUCUGUAUUCAGGAGCCUGAUCCUUCCCUUUGCAUGCUUCUGUUGUUUUCCUUUUAAAAAAAUGCUUUUCAGGCUUAUACAUUUCACUUAAUUCACAAUCAUUUUAACAUUUCAGAACUUGACUUCCUUCCCCCUCUUUCUGCGGUUCCUUAAAUUUCUUUUUAAUAUCUUCUGCAUAUCCUAAUUAACUUAAUUUGCUCAUUUAUUAAUCUGUUUUAAAUAUAUACUCUUAUAAAACUGUAGGUUGUUACAAUAAUUCUGCCAAUGUUCUUUUCUGUUUCUAAUUUAUCUGUAAAUAUUCAAUAAACCACUUCCAUUCUUUUAUAAAAAAUUUGUUAUCUUGAUUUCUUAUUCUUCCGGUAAGUUCCACCGUUUCUGCGUAUUCCAUAAGUUUUUGUAUCCAUUCUUCCUUUGCUGGGACUUCUGCUUCUUUCCAUUUUGGGUCGAGUAACAUUCUUGCCACUGUAGUGGCAUACGUGAAUAAGUUUCUAUACAGUUUAGGUAGUUCUGUCCCUAUAAUUCCCAAAAGAAAAGCUUCUGGGGUUUUUUACAAAUGUUAUUUUGAACAUCCUUUUCAAUUCAUUAUAUAUCAUUUCCCAGUAAGCUUUAACCUUACUACAAGACCACCACAUAUGAUAAAAAGAACCUUCUUUCUCUUUACAUUUCCAACACUUAUUUGAUUUAGAUUUAUACAUUUUUGCCAAUUUACUUGGUGUUAGAUAGGGCCUGUUGUUUCCAAUGGACUGGGGUCCUUGUAGGUCUCUGGCUGAUGUCUCAAGGUUCAAGAUGUGUCUAAACCAUGGGUAGGCAAACUAAGGCUGGGGGGCUGGAUCCAGCCCAAUCACCUUCUCAAUCUGGCCCACGAACGGUCCAGGAAUCAGCGUGUUUUUACAUGAGUAGAUCGUGUGUUUUUAUUUAAAAUGCAUCUCUGGGUUAUUUGUGGGGCCUGCCUGAUGUUUUUACAUGAGUAGAAUGUGUCCUUUUAUUUAAAAUGCAUCUCUGGGUUAUUUGUGGGGCCUGCCUGAUGUUUUUACAUGAGUAGAAUGUGUCCUUUUAUUUAAAAUGCAUCUCUGGGUUAUUUGUGGGGCAUAGGAAUCCGUUCAUGUGUUUUUUCCUCAAAAUAUAGUCUGCCCCCCCACAAGUUCUGAGGGACAGUGGACCAACCCCCUGCUGAAAAAGUUUGCUGACCCCUGAUCUAAACAGAUUGGCAAAACUUCCCUCAGAAGUUCUCUGUGCUAACAGCCUUUUUCUGCCUCUUCUUCCCCCAGUUUUACUUGCAGGCCCGCUUCACGUGGCGAGGAGCUCGACUGCUGCGUCCAUUGGUCCAGUUUGUGCUGCUGAUGCUAGCAUUGUACACAGGACUGACCCGCAUCUCUGACUACCGGCACCAUCCGUCUGAUGUGGUUGUGGGGCUGCUGCAGGGGGCACUUGUGGCUUGCUGGGUGGUGAGUUCUGAUUCUGCCCUUAGCUAGCUGACCCUUUCUCUUGUCUUUUGCGGGGAGGAGAGUGUCGCUCCCUGUUGAGGUUUGAGAGAGAGAGAGAGAGAGAUCUGGAGAUGCGGAAUCCCCACCUUCUGACUGCUCUGCAAAUCUUACUUAGCAGCUCCUCCUCAUCAGAGGGGAGAAAACCAUUUUAAGCAAGUGAGUUGAGAUUCUUUGGGAGUGAAAUUCUGCAACCGAAGUUCAGUUCUGUGUGACUUUUCGGCACUCGUACGAAGGCAAAGUUUCCUAACCAAGCCUGCUUCUAGUUCUCUCUGUGGGGAUUGGUGUUUCUGGCAAAUUGUAUUUGUUUAUGCAUUAAGAACACUUACGUUGCAUUUCUGUUAGGAAACGUUAAGAAAAAGUCACCUGUUUACAGGAGUGGGAAGGGCAACCACAUACCUCCAGGAAGCCCCAAAUAAGAGCCUGAAGGCAGCAAGGCCUCUCCAUGAUUUGUCCACCAGAAACACAUAUUCAGGGAUAGACUGCCUCUGAACAUGGAGGGUUGAUUCAGCUAUGAUGGCAAAUAGCCAGUAACAGACAUGCCCAAGAGGGAUUUGUUUAUUCCCUUUUUAAAGCUGGACAAGCCAGGAGCCAUGCCCACAUCUUGUGGCAGCAAAUUGAGUCAGAUAUGGCUCGUGCCAAAAUGUUUAUGCAGAACCCAGGAAUGAAGAUUCCUUGCUUGUAACCUGCUAGCUUCUUUGAGUGACCCUGAAUGAGUUCUAGUAUUGAGAAGAGAGAAGCUCUAAUCCGUCAUUUCAUAAAUUUCAAUAUGCUGUCACCUUCUGUCUUCUUUUUUCUAAACUAUAGUGCCCCAAACACAUUAGCUUUUUCUUGUAGGGGAAAAUGCCCUUAAUCUCUGAUUGUUAUGGCUUUCCUUUGCUUCCCCCUUUUUCUAUAAAGUUGCAAGAAGCUCUGUGGUUGCAAUGCUUGGCAGGUUGUGUUGCGUGUUAUACUAAGUGAUGCAGAAAAAUCCACUCGGAUGAAGGGAGCAGGGGUUUGGUGUGAGCCGCCAGGAAAUAACGAAGGAUGGGCACACCCUUGCUAGCAUUGUGUGCAGGCGGCCGGGAGGAAAUCCUUCAAUUUCCUACCCUGGCUAUUGGGAUCCCAGCUCCACCCAUCAGCCUCCAUUCAAGGAAGUCUGUUGAACCCUGGAGUUGAGAUUCCUAGGAGCAGGGAAUAGAAUCAAGGAAUCUUAGCUCAGUAAUCUUAUCCCUCGCUGUGAAGGAGGAAUGGGUUCUUAAUGUUGAUAGUGAGCAGCGAAGAAUUAUGCACACAGUACACGUACGUGGCUCACUAGUGUAAUGGGAUUGAUGACAUGAACCUUUGAAAUGUUUUUUGUGCCUAAACUGAUGUCAAGGGAGGGUAGGGACAAUGUUUAAUUUCUAAAAGGAAAAGUAGAGAGCCAUGGAAGGAUGCCCUGUUCCUUAACGCCGUGUGUGUUGUGGACAGGCCUGUAAAACAGUUCAUUAUUAUGAUCGCUGCAUUGAAAACUCUUAGCCAGGCCUUCCAUGGGCUCGGCAGUGAGGAUAUCCUUUGAAAAAUGACCAGGUUCUGUAGUGAAGUAGUCUGUGACCAGUGCCAGAUUUACAUACAGUAUAAGCUAAACAAGCUAUAGCUUAGGGCCCCACUCUCUUGGGGACCCCAAAAAAUUUAAAGGAAAAAAACCUGGAUGUUCAUUUCCAAAAUAUAAGAUAAAAAUCAAAUAAAAUAAAACCUACAUACAGCAACAAUGUUUUGUGUUGUGUUGGCUCCUACAAUGUAAGUAAUGAGCCCUGCCUGCUAGCCUGCAACCUACAAUAUCACUCAUUUCUGUAAUAAUAAUAAUAAUAAUAAUAAUUUGUACCCUGCCCAUCUGGCUGGGUUUCUCCAGCCACUCUGGGCGGCUUCCAACAAAGAUUAAAAAUACAUUAAAAUGUCACACAUUAAAAACUUCCCAGAACAGGGCUGCCUUCAGAUGUCUUCUAAAUUUAGGGUGCCUCCAUUCUGCAUGGACUGGUUGCAUGGCAACAUGUGCAAAUGGCUUUAGAUACCUGUUAGGUCCAUAAAUGACCAUAUAGCAUAUAUUCAACACAAAAAACAGUGACAAUUUGUUGUUGACAAAGGACGGCUGGACAUAUACAGGGCCCCAUUACCUUCAGUAGCUUAGGGCCUCAUCAAACCUCAAUCCAGCCCUGGCCACAACUUCCAACAGCCCCAGCCGGCACGGCCUUUGGUCAAGCGGGAUGGAAGUCAAAAUUAUCUCAAGCUCACCAGGUUGGGAGAGGCUGCCUGCAUGAGAUUCUAUGUUCAGUCAGGACUGGCAAAGUUGUGUGCUGUGCCUGCUCCUUCUGCAGCUACCUGCCUCUUGAGAGGGCAUUGGGUGAGCCUGGCUAUCUCUGACGCCCUCUUUCUCUUCUCUCCGUUUUCAGGCCUUCCAUGUAUCCAGCAUGUUUCACUGCAAGCACCAGCCUCGCCACCUGCCGCCAGUCGCCUUGGACACUCCCAGUUCAGACUGCCACACCGAUUGCUAGGGCAUGUGUGCUGGGGGUCAGAGACGCACUGUUGUUUGGCUGACUACAGGAGCCUUGAACUGUUGCGCCAGUUGCUUGGCACUCGCUGCCCGCAUCAGCGCCAGUCUGGGCAGCCACUGCCUUGCCACCUUGCUAGGGGCCACUAGGGAGCUUUUGCUCACUGCCAUGCCAACAUCCACUGCUGCACCAGCUGCUGGGAGCACCAAGAAGAGGGAAAGGCUGUUAGGGCACCUCUGUGCCAGAGAUCCCUCUGUCUUCCCAAUGAUGGACAGGGCACUCUUGUUUUCCCUUUGGGUUUGUACACUUGAGACCACUCCUUUAUGAACUUUCCCUCUAUCAAAGGAUCCAUCACUGCUGCCACUUUGGGUUUCCUUUUAGAUGAUAUUCUCAAGAGAAGGAAAUCCCCCAUCUUAUUUUAUUUUUUCAACACAGGAAGAUCUGCCCUUCCUCCUCUCUAGUACUGGGAUGAUCUCACCCUUGAAACAUUAUGCACUCGGGCUGCGUUGCUAGGAGAAAGGCUAGUGGCUCCUUGAGAAUCCAGUCUCUGCUGCGCUAGUGAUGUCUCUCAGCUGCUUGAAAGGCCAAGCGAUGUGUCUUGCAGAAGCAUAUUCAUGAAGGAAUGAACCACAGGCUUGGGGGGUGGAGUUGGGAGGACAGUGCCUGGAAAACCGUGGAGGACCUGCAAGUUCAUACCAGGGCACCCUGACGCUGCCAGAUACCUCCCACCCUCCACCCCACCCAACGCUUCCGCUCCCCAUAAUGUGAAACGUGUUGUGUUUUUUUGUAAUAAAUGGUACUGACAAUCGUCUAGAUUAAUAACUGACUUACGGGAGGGUAGACUGCAUGGACCUCAGAACAUCCCUCAUAGCCGAGCACGAGAUUCCAAAAGCACUGGCGGCGCCGUUUGGAUCCUGUGAUUCCGCUGGCGCCGGAUUUGGUACCUGAUACAGAAUGAGUUCCUGAGAUAUUUUACCUUUCACUCAAAACAAAAAGUGGUUGUUUAGUUCUCAUGGUUGUGAAGAUUCAAACCCUUUCCCUUUCCUAUCCAGUCACACCUUUCUUUGAAAUCACACCAAUAAUGCAGUUGUUUUGAGGAUAAAUGCAAUAGGCAGGAUUACAGUAUAAAGCUGGAUUGGAUCCUAAGGAGCGAUGAGGAAAUAAGUUUGUGUUUCUCAGCCAGCAAGGCAUCCCCUCCUGAGGGGCUAUGAGGGGGGGGGUGAGUGUUUCCAAAAAUAUAUAUGUUACAAUGUGAGUAAAAAACUAAAAGUUGUGAAAUUUCAAAUGAAAGAAUUACAGGAGCCAGGUUUGAAGGGUUCUGUGGUGUUUUUAUGUUGGCUGAAAGCAGGGGACAUGGGUUAAAAGGGGUUGAGAAAUAAGGAGGAAACAGAGCAGUAUCUGUGCAUGAUCUUCCUUGCUGCUAAGGCAAGGAAUGCAACCUUACACAUAGAAUCAUAUAAUGGGGGAUCACUGUAAUGCUAAAAAAAAAAAAGCUUGCAGCUACCUCUUAUAAGCUGUGAUGUUGAACCCAGUUUUAGAGGCUUGGUUCCACUGAAAUCAGCAGCCUGAAACUUGUAUAACCAGACACAGGAUUGUAGCAAUCUUUUAAGUGCUGGAUGCAGUUCAAGCUCAACUGGUUUGCUUCUGUUCACAUGCAUUGUUGGGAAAAGUGGAAUGGGUCACUGGGUUGCUGUUGCGCUUGAUGUGUUCUGGGGGAUCCCCAGGACUCUUCAGCAAUUUGUCUGGGGUUCCUGAGUGAGAAGGAAAAUGGCAGAUCAGUUCCCCUCAAAGACCGUUUGUCCACCAUUACCAAUGUUUGCCUGCUUGUACUGAAGUGCCAUUUGUGUGUGUCCACUGCUUCAGACUUUUGGACUUUGCUUGAGGCAAACUUCUCUCAAAGGCUGACUUGUCACUGGUCUAGUUCAGUGGUUCCUAAUUAGCUAAAUACUGUGGCCCGUCUGUUUUUCAAAAGCCAAGCCAUGGACCCCCUACUUUUGAUCAUUUUGAUAUCACUCUGGGAGUUUUCCAUCCAGCCAGAGCAGAGGAAAGAUCUCUUGGGAGCCAAGUGAAGCAGCUGUUCUGGACGGCUGUGGAGGAGAGUGUGCUCUGAAGCGUUGAGGCCUCUCAAAGCCAAAUUCAGCUCAUGGGUUGAUGGGAGUAGAUGGGCCUCUUUUCUGCUGCUCAUUUGGGACUGACAAAUUCAUUGUAGGUCAUGGGUAGGGGAUGUUCCUGGUCCAAGGGCCCCAUUCCAUCCUGAGGGUAAAAUGCCAGUGGAGGGCAGGAGCCAGAGACAAAACUGGGUAGAGUAAGGGAUGCAAGAAGGCUGAUUUAAUAGUAAUAAUAAUAAAUGUUAUUUAUACCCCACCCUCCCCAGCCAAGACAAGGCUCAGGGCGGCUAACACCAGGUAUAAAAACAAUUGAUUAAAAUACAACUUAAAAACAAGAUUAAAAUACAAUAUUAAAAUGCAGCCUCAUUUCAGUAGAAACUCAAAUCAAAAACUUUUUGGGGAUGAAAUGGUCAAAUCUUCACCAAGGCCAACUAUCCAGACUGGUCCUACGUGGGCCAGAAAAAAGCCAGGGGAGUCCCCAAAUAGGAGGUCCAUCACAGGAGGGAGGAGGAAAGAUGAGGAGGGGAUCAAGUUGAUUCCAAGCCAAAGGCCAGGCAGAACAACUCUGUCUUACAGGCUCUGCGGAAAGAAAUCAGUUCCUGCAGGGCCCUGGUCUCAUGAGACAGAGCGUUCCACCAGGCCGGAGCCAGUGUUGAAAAGGCCCUGGCUCUGGUUGAGGCUAAUCUGACUUCCUUAGGGCCCGGGACCUCUAGGGUGUUGCUAUAUGUGGACCUUAAGGUCCUCCGCAGGGCAUACUGGAAGAGGCGGUCCUGUAGGUACGAGAGACACAGACACACCUUUCUGUUCUCCGUCCAGGCAUCCUCAGAGUUCAAAAUGUUACACCUGUGUUCAGUUGGCUGGACUAGGAGGGGUCUUGAGACCUGCCAUGUGGGUGCUCCUGAUCUUGGGUAGCAUUAAGGACUGUCUUUUGCUGAGUUUGAACUUUCAAGGGCAGCCAGCCUCAGAGGAGUAGCUGAAAGUAACUGUUUGGUAAGGAUGAGUACAAGCUCAGAACCAAACAGAGGGCAGCCCAUGUAGCUUUCUGGGGGAGAGGAGAGUGAGCUACAAAACUGCCAUCAUGGCAGGAGAGCCGGCUUUGAGACAGCAGCUUGCUCAGAGGCUUAGUAAAGUUGGCCGGUCUGAAAGAGCGACAGUGCUGCCAUUUCUCAGCAGUCCUGUGCCAACUGCAUAUAAUGUUCAGCCCUAAAGGUGAGGAGGGAAAUAAAAAAAACCAGAGACACUGGGCAACUGUAACUAUCAGGAUUGUUCCACAAACAGAGGGGAAAUGAGCUAGUUUUCUUUUUCUCAGAGCAGGAGCACUCUGGCUCCAUGUAACAAGAACCCAACUUUGGCAUUCCUACCACUGAGCUUCACGUUCAUUCUCGACUCAUCCCUCAUCCAAAAGGAAGAGGUGGGGAGGCUGUUUGUGAAGUAGCAUUCAGAGAGAUGCCCUCUGCAAUCUGUAGUGCUGCCACUCUGGAGCAGGUUUAUCACCUAGCGAAGGGAUGGGGAACCUUUGGCCCGCCAUCCAAAUGUCGCUGAACUACAACCUCCAUAAGCCCCAGCAUGUGUGGCCAAUGGCCAGGGAUUAUGGCAGAUGUAGUUCAGCAUCUGGACAGCCAAAACUGCCCCCCCCCGACUUAGCACACUUGGCCGUUAGGCAUUUUGCUAGCUAUUUAAACAUAUAACGCGGUUGCGGUAAACGACUGUAUAUGCGUCCACCAGAAGGAAGGAGUGUGUGUUCUGGCCCUCUGCAACUUGGCUGUUUAUUAGCAGGGGUUCUCCUCACAGUGAGCCAGUGUGGUGUAGUGGUUAAGAGCGGUAGUCUCGUAAUCUGGGGAACCGGGUUCGCGUCCCCGCUCCUCCACAUGCAGCUGCUGGGUGACCUUGGGCCAGUCACUCUUCUCUGAAGUCUCUCAGCCCCACUCACCUCACAGAGUGUUUGUUGUGUGGGAGGAAGGGAAAGGAGAUUGUUAGCCGCUUUGAGACUCCCAAGGAGAUUGUUAGCCGCUUUGAGACUCCUUAGGGUAGUGAUAAAGCGAGAUAUCAAAUCCAAACUCCUCCUCUUCUUCUUCUCCCCCCUUCUGUACCUCAGGCACUUUCCUGGCCAGUUACGGCUCCAGGAGGCUGCAUUUCCAAGCAAGGCACAGCCACCUGUGCUUUCAUCAGGAGACAAUCUGAUAUCAACUUUCAGCAACAUGAGAGAGGUUUCCCAGCCCUCCUUUCCCACUCGACUGGCUACACCAUCCCCCAGCCUGUUCUUCAUAACAGCCUCUCCCAGGAGAGCUGCUGAAACCAUUCAAGGCCAUUCUCAAUGGCUCCUUUAUGCAGUGUCCGGGGUGUGCUGGAGGCAUGUGACUUCCAGGGCCAAGACUGGGGGUGGGAAUAGUCCCACGCUGGCACCACCGAGUCCUUCCUGGCAUCCUGCCCAGCCUCUGUUCGAGGAAGGGACAAACAACACUUAACAUUUUCUUGCUGGUCUUUUGCACAGGUCUCUUCAUGUGCAAAAAAGGGACGCGGGUGGCACUGUGGGUUAAACCACAGAGCCUAGGACUUGCUGAUCAGAAGGUCAGCGAUUCGAAUCCCCACGACGGGGUGAGCUCCCGUUGCUCGGUCCCUGCUCCUGCCAACCUAGCAGUUCGAAAGCACACCAGUGCAAGUAGAUAAAUAGGUACCGCUCCAGCGGGAAGGUAAACAGCAUUUCCGUGCGCUGCUCUGGUUUGCCAGAAGCGGCUUAGUCAUGCUGGCCACAUGACCCAGAAGCUGUACGCUGGCUCCCUCGACCAAUAAAGCGAGAUGAGUGCUGCAACCCCAGAGUCGGUCACGACUGGACCUAAUGAUCAGGGGUCCCUUUACCCUUUUACUUCAUGUGCGAAGUGCAAGGGGGGUGGCAUGCUGAAGGGCAGCAGAAUCUGGAGGCAGAGCAAUAGAGGCUCUUUGAAAAGGGGCUUGCUGCUUGCAGUGUGAUGGCACGUCUCACUUUCACCUCUAGUCAACAGUUUCUGCAGGGUGGGGUUUUUGUAUGGUUUCAGAAACCUGCAAAACUUGCUUGACCAGUGGCAGGCGGGGGGGGGGGAGAUGUGUGUGCAUCUAUGUGUAUAAUAUGGGGUGUAAUGCUUAUCUCAGACAUUUUGAAACUCUGAUUUAAAUCAGUUGCCUUUCUUUAGCCAGAAUAGGAAGCAGGCAACACCCACUAGUAAGUGCUCCUGCACCAGCCCAUCAUCUUAAGGCGCAGGCCUCGCCCCUUUUGAUAAGGCUUGUGCCCUGUGUAAAAGGGGGGAGGGAAUGGAAUGUGGAUUUUCCACCUCGGGCACCAAAAUAUCUUGGGUUGGCCUUGGCAAUGUGACUUUUAAUGGUUAUCUGAGUCUCACAGCAUUCCUGCCAGGUCAAUGUAAUUCCCUUUUUUACAGCGGGAGAACUGGAGCUGAAAUAGACGCUACAGAGCUGGAGCUGGAGCUCUGGGAGACUGUCCAGUGAAGUGGGUUGACGGUAAAUUCUGGACACGCAGCAGGAAGUACACAAUUGCAUAAAGCACUUAACGGACCCAAAGCAAAGUCCAACACCCGCUCGCAUAGUUGGCCGGUGUCCAGCAGCACACAGAGCAGAAGCAGCUUGCCAGGGGAUUCUACAAAGUCACAAACAGGACUUGUGUAUAGAAUUACAAGUCUGGAAUUCACCUGAAAUUCCUGCAGUCCCUAAGACUCACUGUCGUAAAUCACUGGAUCUCUUUCUCUGCCUAAAACCAAAAGACAUGCAACCCAGGUUAAUGGUUUAUUGGAUAUUUACAGAUAAAUUGCAAACAGAUGAAAAACAUUGGUAGGAUUAUUGUAGUAACCUGCAGUUUCAUAAGAGUUUAUAUUUAAUGCAGAUAAUCAAAUGAGCAAAUUAAAUGAAUUUGGAUAUGCAGAAGAUGUUAAGAAAUAAAGUUAAGGAACCACAGAAAGGGGGAAGGAUGUCAAACUUUGAAAUGUUAAAAUGAUUGUAAAAUUAAUGAAAUGUAUAAAUUUGAAAAGUAUAAAUAAAAACUUUUU